GCAGGUAGAGCAGACACACACACACACACACAGACAGACAGACAGGGAGCGCUCGCUUGUUGCCACUCAGAAAAGAUCACACGCUCGUCAACACAGAGAGAGGGAGGUAGAGAGACGUCGAGAAAGUCUGUGUGUGUAUGAGAGAGAGAGAGAGAAAGAGGGAGGGAGAGCCUCACGGUCAAACUGAGCCUUAUCUAUCGCGGUGGGUCACUUAAUAAGAGCCAUUUGGAGCCAGUGGCGGGAGCCGCAGCCAGACGCAGAUCAUCAGUGAGAGAGAGUCUCAGAGGGCAGCAGCUCAGAGCACAUUGCUCCACACAGGGUAGAGGCAAAGAAGAAAAAAAACACACACAGACACAGACACGGAAGAGAAGUGAGUGAAAGAAAGCAGAGAGAGAGGGACGGAAGACGAGUCAGAGAAAUUGACUUUUCAUCUUCGGGAUAACUUAAGAAGAUAAAAUAAAAAGUGAAGGAGAAGAGGCCGGACAGAGCUGCUGAAGAUGCCGCGGGUAGUCCCGGACCAGAGGAGCAAGUUUGAGAAUGAGGAGUUUUUCCGCAAGUUGAGCAGGGAGUGUGAGGUGAGUGACUCUGCCGCUACACACUGGAUCCAUUCUGUUUGUACGGCGGAAAUAUAGACAGAAGAGAAAGCACGCUGGAGGCUCCAUUUGAGUUACAAGUCAAACACAUCACUACUUUUCAUUUCUGUAUUUGAGCAUAAGGAAGCCUACACUUUCAUCAAAUCAACCAGAUGCACAAAAAGUCAACAAAAGUGCUCUGAAAUAAGCUGUUCGACCUCAGGAUUCAUUCAUUAAAGCUGUAUCGAAUUGUGCACAAAAUAAGCUCUUUACUGAAUUAUGAAUUCAAUACACAAAUUGAACUAAAAAAAAGGUUUGCAAUUUGAUCUUAUAAAAGUUUUAAAUAAGGAGAGUUUUUAAAUAAAAUCUAGAGAGAACUAUGAAUUUUGCUUUAAAUUGAAAAUUCCCACUGCUUAACAUCAGAUUACACGCUGCUGCUGAAGAUGAGCUCUGUAUCCUUUGUAAAACGACUUUUUUAAAGGUGUUUUUAGUCCUUUAUUAAUUAAUAUCAUUCUGACUAUUUCUAUUCAUGUAUAACUUUAAAUUUAGUGUUGUGUAUUCUUUUUCUAUACAGAUUAAAUAUACUGGCUUCAGGGACCGGCCCCAUGAGGAAAGACAAGCUCGCUUCCAGAACGCUUGCAGGGACGGACGGUCAGAAGUUGUGAGUCCACCGUUCAAUACUAUUUUAUUAGUUUUUUUCUCUAAAAACAAACAGGAAUGCAGGGAUAAUUUCUGAUUACUGUUUGGCCUAAGGGGAGGAAAAGAGAAAGUCUCCAUUUGUUUUUUUUUUACGUAUAUGAUACUAUGGAAAUGAAUUUUAUGGCCUAAAUCAAUUCAGUUUGGUUCCUGAAAUUUUAAACCCAGUAGCAUGCAUUUAUCUUGAUUGAACAGAUGAGCUUUUAUAGUGAGAAGACUGAGCUCAGUUCAGUUUGUGCAGUGUAGAUACACUUGUGCAUGAGUGUGUGUUAUGAUUUGAUGUGUUCCUGCGUAAGGGAGUCGAUGUGUUAUCAGUCAUGUCUUUACUUUAAGUUUCUGUCCAUACUCUGCAGUCAUCGAUGUCCUCACACACAUCAGAGCAUGCUAACUCACAGACACUUAAAGGUCACAACAAACACCCACAGGGCUGCAAUUUGGAUCCUAAAAUUGGUCUCUUAAAGUAAACAUCAGCUGUCAUGUCUUAUUUUGGUACGAACGGUAAACAUGUUGAGAAAGACAACUUGUGAGCGUGCAGAAAAAAUACCCACAUGGUGUCCUUUAAUGCACCUCAGCCUUAAUAAAAAUACUGAGUGUUUAAAAAUUCUACUAUUUCUGUUUAGAGCCGACGAGUUUUCAUGAAAAUAACCCAGAAACUAUUUUUAACAACAUUUAAACAUUAAAACAAGUCAUAUUCAAAUGACGAAAUAGUGUAGUGUUAAAAGUGAUUUUUAUUCCAAAGAGAAAGAAAUAAUAUCAAGGAAUAAUCUGUGGGUGAUUCAAGAAUUAAAAAUAAUAAUGAGUGGUUGCUCGAGUCCUAUUGUUGCGACUUGAGUUGUUUGGCUGUUUUUCUCCCCAUUUUUAUCUGUGAGGAGGAGUUUCCCGUGGGUAAUUGCUGCAAUAGGAGAUAGUUUGUGGCUACAGUGUCGCAGAGUAAGAGUGUGUGCUCGCCGGAUCGCUCUCCCUCCAUUUUUCAACCACAAUUUUUCUGCAGCCGCAUCCUGCAAUGUAUCUGAUCAGACGAGAGGUUUUGAGAUGGAUGCCUUAAUGAGCCAUGUUCUGUUGUAAUGUAACGCAAUAUAAUGUAAUAAUCCACCUGAGCAUAAUUCCUGCAGCCCUAAUGUUACAUUUAAUUACCUAGUUUUAUCUCAAUUAUGAAAGUAAUACAGAGCACCAAAACGAUCUUGAUCAGAGUUCAAUCUGUAGCUGCAAUUAUUCAAAACAUUGAAGUUCACAUAAUUAUAACUCCCUGAUAGUCUGUUAUACAGUCAGGUUUAUGAUUUGUUUGCUCCUUGUAGGAUUUGAGAAUCUUGAUUUGUAGGAGAAAAGGACAAAAGUAGUCCCAAGUGAACAUGUCUCUAUGUUAAACUGUCCUCGAUCCUCCAAACUUAACCCUGGUGACCCUUUGUGUGCUCCUUCAUCAGUGUGCGGUGAGGAGUUUGUGUCGAGCACAAAACAGGUCAUGACACAUUCAUAUUCUCAUCAUCAGGUAAUUGUGGUAUUUGUCGCAGCGCGAAUUCAGUUUAACCUUUCAUUUAAAUCAUGCGCUCAGCAAAGGUGAAGUCAGGUGAAAUACUUUUGAACGGAGGGUGUCAAGGCACACACACACAAACGUGCCGUAAUGCACACACAAACACAGCGCACAGUACUGCUGUCUUAGUCAUCCUCGUGGUAUUUUUCACAAACAUGCUGUCAUCUUCGGGGGGGUGGGAGGGGGGCAGAGACGGGGCACAUCUAGUUUUGCCAACUAAGUGGGACAUGAUCUGUCUGUCUGUCUGUCUGUCUGUCCGUCCGCCCGUCUGUUUGUCCGUCUGUCUUCACUGUAUUUAUACGGCUCAUAUGCUGUCUGAAUUGAUAGCCAGAGUUUGAACAGUUUCAGAGCAGCCAUGACAUCAUGGCACUGAUUUAUCUAUCGGCCUAGAUGCUGCUAUUUUUUAAUUUAAUAUGAACAACAAUCCAACACAAAGAGACUUGAACCUACACUAAAGGUCCCCUCUAAUAAGACAAACAAAUAAAGCUUUUAUCAUGGCAAAAAAAAGAAUAUUUCUCAGUGAUUGAUCAACAGACGGUAAAGUCUGUGCUGUCUCCAUAAAUGUAGAGUAAAGCUCAGAAGGCCUGAACUGCUGUGUUACAAACUUGAUCGAGCAAAUGCUUGACAUUCAUGCUUCAAAAAUGACUUGGCUUAUCAGAAUAAAUGGGGAGUAAUCUGAUGUGGAGUAAUCAGUGAAACUUGUCACAUAAACGUAUAUGUGACGUUUAGAUUGUCAAGUCUUUGUAAAGCUUGUGUGUGCUGAAUAACAGAUUUGAGAUGAGUCUUUUUAAACAUUGUUUUUUUACAUUCAGAAGGAAAGUUUUUCUGUUCUCAACUCAACUAAAAUCAGAGUUUGUGACGCUUCUAUAAAGAAAACGCAAUGAGCUAAUUAUGGUUGUAUAUGCAACUCAAACAAAUUUUACAGAGAGGUUUCCAGUGAGUGUUAACUGAGUAUUUAUUUUACAUUUCAAUAUCCCGUAUCAAACAUGUAGGUCUAAGAAUAGAUACCAGACUUUCAAGGAGAAACAUAUAGAAGCAUUUCCACUUUUAAUGUAGAAAAAAUACAGAGACCAAAUUCCAAAAACACAAAAACUUUAUGCUUCUUUUCUCCUUUUUUCCCAUUCACAAUAUCCUGAGGAGAUCUAUUUUGAUCAUUUUUCAUCUCAUAAGUUCUUUUCCUUGUGUUAUCCUUUCUCAAACCAAGUCCUGACUUACCCCAGAACAUUUUUUUUUAAUUUGACAGAAUUAUUUUCUCUUUUACCAGUCAUGUUAAUUCAGAAAAGCGCGUGACUAGGAGAAAUCCCCAUUGUGGAUGUAAAAAGAUAAUAAGGGAGACAGAUCCUUCACUCUGUUAAGUAUGAAUGUUGUUUUUCCUUUGACUAGUUAAGGCAGAAACACAGUCUUAAUAUUUCAGCUGUCGUAAGUUGAGUCUUAAUGGUUGGUUAUUUAAUGAGGCUGGUAUAACACAAAUUUGACAUGUCUUUUUCACUCUGUAUAGAACUUAACAAAAACUGAGAUUAAGUUCACCAUGUAAAAGAUGGUGUAUGUAAUGUUAUACUUACUGUACAUAGCAUUGUACAUAGCCUUUUAUACUUUAUAUAUGUCCUGCAUGCUCUUAUUAUUUUCUAUUCUAGUAUUUUACAUAUUAUUCUCUGUUUAAUGUUGCACCAUCACGCCGUAAAAAAUUCCUAGUCUGUGAAUCCUGUUCAUUGACAAUGGCAAUAAAACCCCUUCUGAUUCUGAUUCUACAAAGCUGGAAAAAAUGAGAAACUGAAGACAUGACACUGCAGCAAAUGCACCCUUUUUCUCUCUCUCGUGUGUUUCAAAUGCUCAUUUCCUACUACACUUCCAUAACACGUUAAGAAUUUCUAUACACACAUGUACACACACACGUGUACACUGGCAUCAGUGAGCGACUCUGAACUGUCCAGGAUUGAUCUGAUAAAUGGAACAAUCAUUUCAAGUUAAUCAUGUUCUGCUCAGCUCAUUAGAGAUGAGUCGCUCUCUCAACUCUUAUUGAUUUUCAUGCUGUGCUGCUCCUCUGUAAUUUCUCUCUCUCUCUCUCUCUAUCUUUGUCGUUUCUUUUUCCUGGCCCCUUCUCCUUUUGUGCUGUCCUUCAUUAUCUUAAUUUAGCUUGUUUCACUCGCAUCCUGCUUCGUCUGUUUUUCUUUACUCGCAUGCUGUCCCAACUAGUGUUUCCCUAUUUCCUCUCUCUUCUCACUUCCUCUUUUCUCUCUUUUUCCCCUUCCCCCUUUUGUCCUUUGGUUUCCCUCCAUCUCUCUCCCACUUUCUGCCUCUCCUUCCCUUUUUUUCUCCCGCGGUAGUAGGCAGCAAAUGAGUAUCAGAUGGUUGUAAUCCAAUACUUCAAAUACAGCAGAAGUGAUGACUCGGGUGUUUUUUGAGCUUCUCUUUGAGUGUGUGUAUAUGUGUGAGAGACAUUUUUCUCUCUUUGUGCGCCCAUGUACACACUUCAUAGUUUUCACCCUUCGCCGCCCUUAAUUUCCCUCUCUUCCACAUACUAGUGUUCUCUCCUUCUUCUCUUUCAUUCAUUUUUCCUCCCUCGUUCCAUCUGAUGAGGGACACUUUUGACAGGGUGCAUAAUUUAUAUGCUUCCAGCUCAGUCCAAGCCCUUAAUGCCCUUUGUAUUGAUCUGUCUCUGCAGAAACAACACACACACACACACACACACACACACACACACACACACACACACACACACACACACACACACACGUACAUAUACGCACGCACACAGACUAAGGCAUAAAAAGCAGACAUUUUCUAACUUAAUUUUCUGCUUCUCUGUAACAUACGUCUGCCUGACUGCCGCAGAGAAAUGCUUUUUAUUGAUUUUCAUUUUGUUUGCGUUUCUGCAUCAGCGUGUGCAUACAUACAUAUGUGCGCACUUUUUUGAUAGAAAGAUUUCCCAUCGGCGCAGGAAGCCAUUUUACUGGAAUCAAAAUGAGGACAGCCACAGAAAGAUGUGAUUAUAUGUUUGUGUGAGGAGGGCCGGCCGGUGGUUUGCUUUGUGCUCUGUUCAGAAAGGAGAGCGGUUAGAAUAAGAAGUGACAGAGAGAGAGAGCGAGAGAGAGAGAGAGAGAGAGGGGGAUGAGGGUGGAUGGGAUAAAGACAGAGGAAAAAGAAAAACUCUGACAGAGUCAACUCCAGACUCCACCAGACAUAGACCUGGUUAGUGCUGGACGAUAAUUCGAUAACAAUAUAUAUCGAUCGAUAGACGUGUGGUGCGAUAGAAAAAAAACGGGUCGACAAAAAGUUCGAUAGAAAAACACAGUUUCCCUUUCUUUUUCAUCAUAGCCUAUCAUGUAGCUUUUACUACAGUCAUUGCUUCCUCCCAACCAAUCACAAACGCAGACCCAGGUACGCUACGGCACCGAGCCCAGCCCCUAUCAAACCACAACAGACAGCACGUGUAUUAGAAAAAAUGAUACAGCAAGGAGAAGCGGAGGACAUUGUCCCGAAAAAAGGUUUCAGUAGUUCACCAGCAUGGCAGUGUUUUGGUUUUUAGAAGUCUGACAAAAAGCGAACAGCGGUCGUUUGCAAAAUUUGCAGAGAAUUAGUAAAAACCAAGUCUGGUAACACAACCAACUUGUUCUACCAUCUAAACCGAUCGCACCCGCAGGAGUACGAGCUGUGUCGGCCGCGCCGCGGCUCCACGUCGUCGGAGGAGGAAUCCUCUGGAACCGCUGCCAGCACCAGCACAAAGCAUGUGAAGCAGACCGAACUGGACUUCGUUUCUUGCCAAAAUACGACAAAGCGUCCGAGCAGCAUAAGGACAUCACCCAUGCAGUAACAUGCUCCAUAGCGAGGGACAUACUGCUAAUAACUACCGUUGAAAAGCCGGGUUUUCGACCAGCUUCUAGCCACUCUCGACCCGCGAUAUGAAGUGCCCGGCCGCAAGUGUUUCUCAAACACAGCGCUUCAGGCAUGAAAACGGGUCAGGGGUUGAAAAGGUGAGAAGGGUGCGGAGGAAAUACGUUCCGGUGUUUGCCGUAGGAUGCACCCCUGCAUCCCGUCCACUCAUUCGCUUCUUAAAGUGGAAGAAAAUGAGCUCAUAUUUUACAAAGACGCGAGUAUUUGGAUCAUGGCUACUAGCAGGGGGUGCAUUCGGCAGGGGUGCAUUCUACGACACAACACCGGCGUGGAUAAGUCCUGCUUCUCGUGCUUAGUUUGUGUAUUAAGUCAAUCACAUGAUAAUUAAAAAAAAUAAAUCUCCCGACCCCGGGAGAAAUAUUUCAGUGUUCAGACACCAGGCUGUGGGCAGUUUCCCACACAGUUAAAACUGGUAGUAUGCUAUUCCCACCUAAAGCUAUUCUGUUUAUUUAUAUAUUUGUUUGUUUUGUUUAUUUUCAUCAAAAGACUAUUUAAAUAUUUAUUUAUCAGAUUUUCUGGUCACUUAAGUCUUUAUGUUUGUCAGUAUUUACUGACGUCACUCAGGCCACUUAAGUUGAUUUCUUUUUUUUUUAGUUUUUUUUUAAAAAACUUUCAGUUGUGGUAAAAUAAAAAAGGUGGUUGAAUAAAAGUUUGAAUUUGAAUUCAGUGCUUGUGUGUUCUUUAUUAAAAGUAGGUCAUUAAGCAAUAGCAUAAAACAUCCAGGGCUGCAAUUAAAAUAUAUGUUAAAUAAUUAUAAUAAUUAUAUCGAUAAUUAUCGAUAUCGAUCAAUAUGAUUUAUUUUUUAUCGAUAUGAUUUUUUUCUAUAUCGUCCAGGCCUAGACCUGGUUCAAAUAUGCUGCCCUUCAUUCUUACAGGAACUUCAUGAAAACAUUACAUGAAACUAUGAAUGCUAGUGUGAAAAAACAAAACUUUCAAAUAUCAAUCUUGGAUAGAAAUAUGUUCCCAUCUGCAUUUCUGUAACUUUUUAAUAAUAUGUGGAUUAUCCAGCAAAGUCAUUUGAUGAAUACAGGAGACUGGUCUGAGUUAGGAUGAGAAAUAUCUCUCCAACAUGGCCAGAAUUCAACUUUCAUUUUUGCUAUCUUCAAGGGAAACCACCAUGAACUGUUUUCCUGGAUAUAUCCCAGACAUUGAUGAGAAUCAUGUCAAAUAUGGCUCUGCCUACUAGGGAUGGGUGAUAAAUGAUCAUUCACGAUAAAUUGUCCGAAAAAUCCUCCAUGAUAAAUAUUUGCCAUCUCAUGAUAAAUACAAUAAAUGCAAGUUGAUGACGUAAGCGCGGGCGAUGGACUCGCAGCCAUAGCCCACACAGAGCAGAAUAACAAACAAACAUGGCUGAAGGUAAUGAAGAAGACGUUUCUGAGCAGCUUGUUACUAACCGAGGCUCCACAUGAGGGGUUUCCUUCAAGACUGGUGUUUAGAUGAGUGCAAUCAGGUAUGCCUGACAUCGGACAGUUGAUCUGCUGCUGUUCACUCUGUGCAAUAAGAGUUUUCAACAAAUGUUUAAAAUGUUUUCACAUUUGAGACUUGUUUGAUCAGUUGUCAUCAGUUUUCUCUAUAACCUACCUCUCAAACUUGUAGUUAAGUAUCUUAUUUGACUACUACAACUGGUGGUCUUAAGACAAAAUGAGUCAAAAAUAUAGAUUGGAAUUAUAAUAUUUUUUAUUGAGACUUUUAUCGUUAUCGGCAGAAUGGCAAAUCUUAUUGUGAUAAAUUUUUCAGCCCAAAUCGCCCAUCCCUACUGCCUACCUAAAACAUCAUCAUGAGAAGUUUUUUUUCCCCCUCUGCUAACACCAAGACACCUGCAGUACCAUGUGGUCUGCUUUAUUCUUGUUCCUGGAUCAGAUAAAGAGGCACAUGAAAUACCUGCCAGUACUAAUUUUCACCACAGCCUCAAUGAGAAACCUCCUUGAGAGAGGUUGACACCAUCCUUAAAUCAAAAGCAGUCUACUUCUGUUUUGGUAAUUUUUUAAACAUUUUGAGGAUUUUUUUUUUGAUAGAAAAGUUAAAAUAAUUUAGCUUCAGUAUCCUGUACUGAAGUAUCCUGAGCUUGCUGUAUGUAUUCCAACAUCUAACAUGACUAACUUUUCUGUAGUUUUUCAUUUUACCUCCGCCAAGGAGGUUAUGUUUUCGGUAGAGUUGGUUUGUUUGUUUGUCUGUUAGCAACUUUACGGAGAAAGUUAAAGACAGAUUGACCUGAAAUUUUCACCAGUGGUGCGUCUCAGCCCCAGGAGGAUCUCAUUACAUUUUGGUGGUGAUCCGGAUCGCCUUCUGGAUCCAGGAAUUUUUUGAAGGAUUCUUUAUCAUUGUGAGAUAGGGCAAAUUUUGGAAUUUUUGCAUUUAACUCUAUAAAAAUGGCCAGAGUCUUUAGUAAAAAAUGACACAAAAGGAUCUCAAUGAGUUUUAUGAGGUGUCAAAGGUUGAUCCUGAUCCAGACAAAAUUCUGGAUACUGUGAUCCAGAACACACAAAAAUUAGGGUGUCGUUGGAAUUUUCAAUGCUGAAAGAUAACCAAUGGGCGGCACAGUGGUGUAGAUGGGCGGCACAGUGGUGUAGUGGUUAGCACUGUCGCCUCACAGCAAGAAGGUCCUGGGUUCGAAUCUGGGUCAGGGCAUUUCUUGUUUUAGGAACAUUAUGAACAGUGAACAUACCAGUUUAAACACAAAUAAAAGUUAAUAAAAGACACGUAACAGUGAAAGUUUUGGUGUGAAUCACAAUAUAAGGGGGGACAUGAGCUGCUUGGCGGAGGUCUGCGCUCUCCGAGUGCUUUUCUAGUUUUUCAUUUUUUUAGUUUGUAAUGAAACAUCAGCCUUAUUUUCUUGGGAAACUGGCAGAAAGGUAGAAGAUGUGAGCUCUAAAUGCUCAAACUGAUUGUUUGGCACACUGCUGAAAUACAAUCUAAAAUAUCCCUCCUCCCAUCUGGUAGGGAACUAGGUCUUCCAGACGCAGCACUCCCACUCCUAAUGCUUUCUGUUACACAUCAUAAGUACAUCAUAAAUUCACACUCCCUUGGCCUUGGUCUGAAUGAAUCAAUGAUGUUUUUGGUAUUCAUUCAGCCCUUUCAGAAGUCUAAAGAACCACAGUGAGAGACUGCUUAAUAUUCUCUAAAAAGUAAAAUUAAUGUGACAGGUACAAUACAUGGAGGGCUGUUAUGCUAUUAAUAAAAUGUAAUGUGAGAGAGUCAUUUAUAGUGCAGGGCCUGAUAGAUUAAACCAAGCUCUGUUGCUGUAUAAGGUGAUUUAAGCUUCUUUUAGCUUAAUGUUUGGUUUGUGCAAUUCUUUACUCGAAAUGAGAUGAGGUGAAAUUUAAAACUCAGAAGAGUUAUUUCCCACAGACAAGCUCCAGCAAGCAGUCACACACACUACCACUGAGGGUCAAGUGGAUAUGUGAGAAACAAAGAGGUUCAAAAGACCUGAGGUUUCUUUGGAUUAGAAAACAGUUUUCUCGCUUUUGUCAAUAAAACAGUUGUGAAUAUGUAAGCUCUGUAAAGCUCACUGUCUGCUAGAUGUGCAGAUUUACAACUACAACACUUGAGCUUUUAACCAUUUAUAGGAAGAAACAGGGCGGUUGUGUAUUUAUGCUGAAUAUAACUCUCCUUUGCUGGUCAUCUUUGAUGACUUCUCUUGAGGUUUGUCCCGACUGACUUGAUUUCUUGUCUCUCCUUCUCUCUCCCUCUCUAUUUCUGUCCGUCCGUCUGUCUGUCUGUCUGUCUGUCUGUCUCUCUCUAUCUCUCUCUCUUUCUACAGGCCUUUGUAGCAACAGGUACCAACCUCUCUCUCCAGUUCUUUCCAGCCAACCUGCAUGGAGAUCAGAGGCAGGUCCCCACAAGGGAUUAUGUGGACUUUGAGAGAGAGACAGGAAAGGUAGGACAAGUGCAAGACGUGCACCCUCCACACACACACACACACACACACACACACACACACACACACACACACACACACACACACACACACACACACACACACACACACACACACAGCUUGAAAGGGAAACAUAAGACAAGUGCAAAAUGUGUGUCCAUGCCCCCAAACACACAAAUACGCACACACUUACAAACACUCUUUUUUUAACUCCUCACCUGUUGUGAAAUAUCCACUCAGAUGAGAAUCGUGUUUUUCUUGUUGUUUACAUGUUUAUAUGGCAUGUAUGGCAUAUGGCAUGCCCCAGACUCAGAGAAGAAGAGAGAGCAAUUGCGGAACAAGCGUUAGUGUUAGCGGAUUGCAACGCUUGCAAGAAAGCUAAUUAUGAUAUUAACUUUCAUCAUGUCCCUAAAGACAUUUGUGUCUGAGAGCUGAAUAGCUCCUAUGUUACCUGCCACUUCUACAACACUGACAAUGUUAGGCUGUGCAGAACAGCGCUGUCUCCGCCCACGACUCAGAGGUGAAUUGUUAUAAUGAGCUACUGGAGCUCUGCAGAAGAAAAGCUCUUGAAAAUAUCACAGGUAAUGCAAUUUUGGCUAAAAACUUAAUGAUCACAACUUUAAGACCACUGAGGACACUUUAAGUAGUCAAAAAAAAAAAAAAACGGUCGGAGUAGGACUUUAAAUCUUCUAAAGUUGCCGUAGGGUUGGGAACAUUUCAGCUCUUAAGUGAAAAACCCAACAGACAAACUGCUGAUAAAACCUCGUGUUACAACAUCAGCUGGAUCUGAAAAUAUCUUUGCCAUGUGUGUCAUCCUUUAGUCAUGUGUGUUUGACUCAUCCAGGUUUAUUGCCACAUGAGAAAAUAUGAGACUGUGAAGAGAAAGGCUUUUAAGGAAAUUCUGUCAAAUUCUGUCUCUUUCUGUUCCUUUUUUGGGUGUGUGUUUUUUAAGCUGCUUUUUAAAUCCCAAAACGAACUGCAUUUAAAACACCUUUACAAACUUAUCACACAAAAACAGCUUUAGUUUACAAAGCCUCAUACUUGGUCAUACUUUUUUAUUGGAAGAUACAAACUUCAAUCCAUGAUUUUUUUAUUUCUUGUCUAAUCCUUUUAUUUAUUUUAUUUAUCUACACAGACAAAUUACAAGGAUCAAUUUGCGAUCAGCUCUUAGUUGUGCAGAGUUAAGCUUGUAAACCAGAGUAGGUCUCUCAGAAUAGUUUCACCCUGCAGUGCUUCAAUCUGAUGCCCUCUGUCGUACCAUCCAGCCAACAACACGUUAAAGGCGGUGACCCCAGUCAAACUGAGCUGUUAGUCACGCAUCAGUGAGUUGGUUGAAAACAUUAUUUUCUCUUUUUAUUUGAUAAAGAUCAAAGUUAAACUACUUAGAGAGAUCAGAAACUGUUAGUUUGCUGCUGUUGUCAAGGUGAUAUACACCGCACAGUACAGUGGUGCUGCUGCUGCUGUUGUGUUUAUGUGUAUGUUAAUUGUCUCCCCUGGCGCUGAGCCUGGACUCUGUGCGUGUGUGUGUGUCAGAGGGCCCUCCACGGACACUGGCCAGCUGAAAUGAAUGCCGACUGGCGGCUCAUUAAAAAUGCAUUCUGGGGAAUCGAUGGACCUCCAUGCCCCAAGGCUGACGGACUAAUCUCUCCCCGUUAAUUAUUUAACACAAGUGCCCUGAUGGCUGGGAAUGAUGUUUGUGUGCAUGUGUGUGUGUGGGCUCGUGAUAACGGGCGGCAGGCAUUUUGCAGACAAGUUCCUGAUGUGGCGUGUGUGUCAGACAAAAAGAGAGAGAGGAGGGCUGCAUAUAUGUGUGUAUGGCAGCCUCAGAGCGGGGCUGUGUGUGUGUGUGUGUGUGUGUGUGUGUGUGUGUGUGUGUGUGUGUGUGUGUGUGUGUGUGUGUGUGUGUGUGUGUGUGUGUAAGAUGAUACUCUUUUCUCUCUCACCUCUGCGGUGCUCACAGAUCUAUGAAGUUUUAAUGAGGCUGGAAGUCGUCAACGUAAAAUAAGUUUCACAGAACUAAAGCCAAGCGCUCCCUCUCCUCUUCCCCUCUCUCACACACACACACACAAAUAUUCAGAUGUGAGGAUCCAGAUGAACUUGCUGACAGCCUUCUCGGUCAUCAAUUUUCACUGUAGUAUUCACCCCAUAUCAGUGAAGUGUUGUAUUCAUAAAGCUCCGAUGAAGCACCAGUGUACGCCUUCAGUCCCCUCUUCAAUGUGAUCUUAAUUUAUACUCCACGUGUAUUAAAAGGGACAGCUGAGGGUUGGAUGUGGUGUGUGGAGCGAUUUACAGUCAAGAGAAAUACUGUUUAGAAGAAAGUGCAUAAACUCGCUCACUUAUUCCUGUGCAGUCUUGAACUGUGUACCAAGUGUACAUUUUCUGCAGUGUUGCUUUACCACAAGUUCAGCUUUCAUUUCAUGCACAUACCCACAAAGAAUCACACACACACAACAACAAACACACACACCCCGCUGGACCUCCCUGUAGAAUACAACUGUCAGGCCAAGGCAAGGAUCCUGUGUACGUUGCAACUUUUCUUCCUAAUUACUGUCAAUGCUUAACUACUUGCUCACAAAAACAUUCACAUAGAAACAUCCACAGCUUGGUGAUGAUCCUUUUUUCUUUUGGUUGUUUCUUUUAUUCCAGGCAUCUUUUAAACACCUCGUAAAAUGGGUUAAUGUCCGAGUAGAUAACACUGACAAUAGCUUCAAAAAAAGAGCACAAAUGUUUUGUUUUGUUUUUUUGGAGGGGAAAAGGAAAAAGAGGGAGAUGAUACAGCAGCUAAGAAUAUGUUCCUGGAGGUUUCAGGUAACCUCGUUUCCCUCUAUUUCUUUAUUUUUUUUCUUUUUCAAUAAGUUUUUUUCAGUCUCCAGCUUCCCUUCUUUUUCCUGAGUUUGUUAUUUUUGUGGCAUUUUAAACAUCCAAAGUCCUCCAUCACUCCAGCCUUUCCGCUUUCCAUUCCCUGUACUUUUUGCUUACAUCCUCAUUCCCGCUGUACAUCCCUCUCUCUCUCUCUCUCUCCCUCCCUCUCUUUCUCUCUCUCUCCCCCCCUCUACUUUCUCCCCCUUCUUCAUUUCCAAACACUGACAGUGCCAAACCAAAAGGGUAGUACAGCCAUGUUAAACUUGGCAGCACAAUAUAAUGUGUGUGUGUGUGUGUGUGUGUGCGUGAGUGCGUGUGUGUGUGUGUGAGAGAGAAAGAGAGUGUGUGUUUUUGAGAGAGAGAGAAAGAAAGACAGAAAGGUUUUGAAAGACAGAGAGAAAAAGAGUAAAAGUAGAGGCUUUCAUUGCAGGGCUAAUGGGAGCCAGCUGUGGAUGAGGUUAAUUUUAGCGUCAGCAGCUAACUUGCUAGCAAGCAUCAACCAAGCCCCAGGCAUGAAUUUCAGCAUCAGCAGCUGGCUUACCAGCAACCUUUGUGGCCAAAAAUACUGGUGAAGUUUGCUCAUUUUGAAGUUAAAGUUCUGUAGUGGUCCUUGCACACAAAAUACAAUAUAACCAAAACAUGGACACCCCCCCAUGAAUGAAGAUAAAAUUUUUUGACUCAAAUGUGUUUAAAGGUUAGGGAAGGAAAAAAAAACACUUAAAACAGCUUGUGUUGUCUCCCCUAUUUAAUAGCGCACAUGUGAGGAGUUUUAUUGCGGGUUAUAAAGCAGCUUAUUGUCAGCACUGGUGCCUCUGUGAACAAUACAAAAGCCAAUGAGAACACCAGCAAAAAGACCAAUAUCUUUAGAGAUUUGAAUAUUUGCAGCUCUCGCUGCCCACUCUCACAGUCUUACUCAUGUGUUGAGCAACACCAGCAAAGGGAUGAGAGGUUGACUUUGUCCACAGGAGGCCCCAAAAUAUCUAUCAAGAACAUUUUUCUCUUUUUCCACUUACUUUAAAAACUUGGAGACCCUUUCAGUUUUUCCCAUCAAUUCUUCCAUCCUUUCAAUAAUCCAUCUGUUUGUCAUUAAAACACAGUUUGAUACAUCUGUCCUUAUAUAUGUCCAUCCAUCCAUCCAUCCAUCCAUCCAUUCAUCCAUCCAUCCAUCCAUCAGUUUAGAUGUCAAUCAAUUGUCAUCUAAACUAGCUAUUCAAAUGUCAAGACAUCUGUUAAUCAAUCCAUACAUAGGCUACAUACACUACAGGCCAAAAGUUUGGAAGCAAGGCCAUUACAGGCCGAACAGUUGGGAGUAACUUCAAGUUUUUGUUCACAAUGUUUUUUUUUUAAAUCCAGCAUGAGUUUUAUGUAUUUUGGGAUGUAUUUACUCCAUGAUCAGAUGUUGCUUACAUAGAAAUGCACCAUUUUACUCCAUUUACCUUUAGAUAUACAUUGAUGUUAACAGACUAUUGCUAAAUAUAUGUCAGCAAAAGAUAAUAAGGGCUUAGUUGCAGGGUCGAAAACAUUAACAAGAGUCACAACUUCAGUGCAAAAGCAAAAAAACAAAUCACAGUUGGAUUAUUCACUUCAACUUUUUGGCUUUUGAGAGUCUGCAUACAAAAAUCCUAAUAAAUCUCAACUGCAUUCAAAAUACUGCAGAAAUGGCUAGAAAGAAGCAACUGAGUAAAGAAACAAAAGUACAGAUUUGUACAUUGAGGAAAAAAGGAUACACAGAAAGAGAAAUUUGCAAAAUGCAAAUGAGAGUUCCUACAAAAGCAGAGGAUAAACAUAUCAUUGUCACCGGUAAGAGAGAUCGGCAAAAGACAGCACCAAAAAUAAGGGAGGAAAUCAACAUGACAAGGUCAAAACCCAUAUCUCUGACAACUGUGAAAUGACGUUUGAGAAAGGCUGGUCUGAAGGGUUGUGUAUCUGCAAACAAACACUACUUCGUCCACAGAACAAGAAAAAGAGAUAUGAGUGGGCAAAAGCUCACAAAAACUGGACUUAUGAUGACUAGAAACAAGUUCUCUGGACCAAUGAAAGCAAGUUUGAACUGUUUGGUUCAAAACACAGAGCCUAUGUCCGCAGACAAACUGGUGAACGUCUGAAAGCACCAUGUGUUACACCCACAAUUCAGCAUGGAGGUGGUAGUUCCAUGGUAUGGGGAUGUUUUGCAGGUGAUGGAGUAGGAGAUUUGUUUGAAGUUAAGGGUAUCAUGAAGAAGGAACAGUACCACUCCAUCCUCCAGCACCAUGCUGUUCCAUCUGGACUCAGACUUGUGGCUCAUAAGUUUGUUUUGCAGCAAGACAAUGACCCUAAGCACUCUGCCAAGCUCUGUCAGGGUUACCUAGACAAAAAAGAAGAGGGAGGUGUUCUUCAAAAGAUGGUUUGGCCCCCUCAGUCUCCAGACCUUUCUCCAAUUGAGCUUGUGCGGGAUGAAUUGGAUUGAUCGGUCAGAAAAGCACGUCCAACAAAUCAGCAGUCUCUUUUUAAUAAACUUAAGAAAGCUUGGAAUGCAAUCCCUGGAACAUACCUUAAAAAACAUGUUGAACAAAUGCCUGGUAUAUGCCAAGCUGCUGUUAAAGCCAGAGGAGGUUACUUUAAAGAAAGCAAAGUCUAAGCAACAAUAACUCAAAUACCUAAUAAUUAUAGUCAAAAUGUCUUCUGAUAAGUUACUCUUUACACAAUAGUCAUGUUUAUUGUGUUGCAAAUUAUAUGAAACUAUGAUCUUUUCUUGUACAAAUCUGAUCUUGCUUCCAAACUUUUGGCCUGUAGUGUACAUACAAACACCAUUUGUUUGGAUUAGCCAUUCAUCAUCCACCCAUCCUCUGUCCAUCCAUUCAUCCAUUCAUCUACUCAUCUACCAAACCAUCAGUCCAUCAGUUCAUCAAUCAGUUCACCCAUUUUUCCAGUAUAGAUUCAUUUACCUGGUUAUUUAUUUAGUUAUUUGGUUAUUUAUUAAUUUGAUUUUUGUUAUCCAACAUUUAUUUAUUUUUAUUUAUCCAUCAUCUAUCCAUUCAUCCAUAUAUCCGACAGUCUAUCUAUCAAGUUAUUCUUCCACCUGUCCUUCCCUUCACCUAUCUAUCAUCUGUCUUUUUAUCUGAUAAACAGGUUUCAGGGGUAAACCCUUUAUUAUCAUUUUUAUGUACUGAAGUUGUUGAAUCAUAACAGAAUUCCUCCUCGCUCUUCAAAAUCAUUUCAUAUCAGCAUUUUGUUAGUGAAAAGGUUUUAAAUGUACUUGUUCUUUUACUCGUUGUUUGAAUGUUCCCAUAACUUCAAACAUAAACUUACCUUUAGUGUUUCUUCCUUUUGUCAGAAUUCUGUUUGUGGUUUCUUUUGUGUAAGGAAACGGACCUAAAACAGGUCUUCCUCUUUUGUCCUGCUCCACUGUUUCAUCUAUUGUAACUACAUUAAAACAUGUCUUUCUGUCUAGAACAAGUAUUGCAUAAAGUAUUUAGAAUAAAACAUCGAAGAUGUGCCACACUAAUUGAAUAUGUAGGUCACAGUUUCACCUCAAAUGUCUUGUGUCAAGGAAAUCAGGAACAAAGGGAUGUCAAGGUGAGCAGGGAACUACAGAAGCCCCAUUUUGGGGGGAGGUUUGCUUUCUUUUGUUUUCCUAGCCCUGAAUUUCUCAGUUAUAAAUUAUUUGGAACACCAAGAUUUCUAGUAACAAAAUGUGAAUUGUGAAACAGAAAACUGUACUCCGUACCGACUGAUUACCGGUGGAAAAGUUCAAACUUAAGAAGAGACUUUAUACAAGACUGCAACCACAGGAAUUAGGCUGAAAGUUUCAGGCUGUUGGUGGUUGUGUGUUUUUUCUCAUCUGUGUACUGUACUGGGACAUAACAGUGAGUGUGACUGCACACACAGUACCCAUGCGUGCUGAUGAGAUGGUGGUGCCAGACUGAGCUCACACACAGAUGCACACAAAUAUACACACAAACAAAGUGUAAACAAAACUUAAACACAUGAAAAAGACUGAAAAGAGGCAGAAAGAGAGAGAAACAUCUAUCAUCUGUCAAACAUCAGUUAAAGAGACAGAAACAUCUGUCUUGUGUAUGAACAAAUACUCAAAAGAUAACCAAUUCCCAUCAGCUCAAGCUCGAACUGAUCAUAGUGUCAGUUCAGGCAGACCCAAAAGUUAAAGGGGUAUUCCGGUGUAAAUUUAAGUUAUGGUCAAACACAUCGUAACACCGAGUUAGACACCCCUUCAAGAGAUGAAUGAUGCCAACUGCUUGCUACUCUAGUUAUACCAACUUUAGUAACGACCGCAGAUAGCAAUACACAGCACUGUACUACUCCACGUGCAAACCUCAACCCAAGAGCCACUCUAUGGCCACAAAUAAUGCUCAGAACAGCACCUAACUUCAUCAACAGUACAUAUAGGGUCCUAGCCAUCAAACGUCUUUUUAGCUUUGCCUGGUUUGUUAAGCAAAGAGACUAAACACACCUCACCCACUCUCCUCCAGCAUCCGCUCGUUUGUGGGGGAGCCUGACGAGGCAAUCACUGAGCGCAGGUGAGUUUUGCAGCUCAAGGAAGAACAAUUAUGAAUUUUACUUCAAGGGAAUGCAAUCAGACUGAGACACUAAGGCAGAAGAACUACUGCGUCUGCAGUGCAAAAUGAUUACUAUGAAGAAUAUUACUUCAAGGAAAUGAUCCGCUGCACUCGGUGAUCUCAACUCGUCAGCGGUGUCUAACUUGGUGUAAUGGUGUGUUUGACCCUAACUUAAUUUUACGCCAGAAUAUCCCUAGCUCAAAGUACAUUUGUUGAUUCCAGUGCUUGCCUACAGCAGCUCAGCCAAUUACUGUCUAUAUAUCUAAUUGGUAAAUAUCAAAAUGGGUAUUCUCUCCAUAGACCACUUUAGCUUGCCUAAUAUUGCUGCUUCCUGCACAAACUGCUCUGCAAUCCUGUUUUCUCCUCUUUAUGCUGUGUCUGAUUUGUAGUGUCAUUACUGCUCUGUUUGUACCCUUGAGGUCUUAGCUGCUGUUCUCCCUGCCAUGGCAUUUCUUGUAUGAAAAUGAAACAGCAGGGAGGUGUGCUUUACUUGUCUCAUGCUUUGUCAUCCCAGUGACAAUGCAGGCUCCCUCAGAUCAGAGCCGUACCACCAAAUAUUACUAAUUGCAUGUAAAUAAUGAUUCUCUUUGGUCUUGACUUAACUUUGUAUCUGGUACUAUUAAACAAACAUCAAUGUUUCAUCACACUUAGUAAUAAAGUGAACAUGUUUAACAUUAUGCCUCCUAACUUUAAGCUCAUGGGACAUUAUUGUGAUGAUGAAUUAUGUUAGCUUGCUUUUGUUAAUAUUUAGCUCUGCUGCAGGAUGUCUCUAACUUUUUAUCCCCCUAACUCUUUUAUGUUUGCGCAACCUCCAUCCCAUAUUAGAUCCCGCUGUUCCCCGGUCAUAAAAGUUAUUACUGAUUAAUAGGAGUCAAUAAAAUUUGGGCAAAUAUGGACACAGCUGUCACUAACUGAGCAAAUAUUUUGUCGCUACUGGGCAGCCCUGCAGCUCCACACCUUGAACGAAACAAUUACAGCUCGUGAAGAAUAGGAUGCUCAAUAAAAAAGCCUGUAUUUGUACAAAAUAUGAUCCAUCCAUCUUGACUUCUCAAAAGGCUCAGUAAUCAAACUAAGUUUAAGAGAUUUUGCCCUUAUCUGGUACAAAGGUUUGCACAGAAGCUGUACAGCACUGCUGUUUGUGGAGGGUUUGUACUGCCAAGACAACUAUUUCUGGAGCCAGAGAGAACAGUUUAAUAGGUGCAAGAUGUUUUGGUUUAGAGACUACAGUAGAUGAUGAUGUGCUGACUGUUCUUCCCACAGCUGUAGCACAAGUCCAGUCUUUUCAAAACAUAAACUUCUCUGUAAAAAUAUUAACUAUAAUGUAUCCCCUUGAACUGAGUGUCAGGGAACUAUUUCAGCUUAGCAUUGAAGUUUGUUUUUGACUUGUUUUGGUUUCCUUCUGUGGGAAAAGGGAGAAAGCGUUUUUUGACUUGGUCAUAUUCCCCAUUUUCUAUUCACAGAUGUUGUCAAAGCUCGCCGCCAUAAAGGAAUUUCAAAGUCACACACGCUCCUCUUGAAGUAAUUUCUUAUCUGGCUCCUCUGUUGCCCUCUAAUUUAGUCAUCAGCCUUCAUGAUCCUCCUCUGCUGCCAGCAUAUCAACAUCUUGUGUGUGGUGUGUGUUGAUGUAUGGCGUUCGUGUGUGUGUGUGUGUGUGUGUGUGUGUGUGUGUGUGUGGGCUGCGUGCGCAGUGUGUGGUGUUAUGUUUCCUUUUGAACAGAAGCUGUGCCACCGGUGCGUGACUUGUCAGUGACAUCAUCAAAGUGAGACCACUAAUUGGUUCCCUCUGCUACUGCUGCUCUGCAUCCCGCAGUAUGUGCCUAUGUGCGUGUGUGUGUGUGUGAGGUUGUGUUUUUACAUCUUGUGCGUCCUCUGUGAUUGUUUUAAAGAUUUAAUGGAGCUCAUAGAGUUUAAAUCUGAGUAAGUGGUCUGCUGUCAGCCUCACUCAGUUGGAGUCUCCCUGUUCAGAGAUAUUACUGCAUAACAAAAGCUCUCAUGCAAACACACACUCACACACACACAACACCAUCGCCAUCUCCUCCCACAGGGUUUCAUAUUUCCUGCUCCAGGCUUCAGACUAAUGACCACACCUACUCCGAUGGUCCACAUGCUCUUUGUGUGCAUCCCAGUGACUUUUGUUGCCAUUUUGUCUUUGUGUUUGGGUGAACAUCUGUCCAUGCAUCUGAUUUAAAGACCGAAAAAAACAGAAUGAAUAUGUUUGUUGGUCUGUAUUUGAGUGGAAAAACAGAGACACAAAACCGUGAGAGACAGGUCAGUCUGGUGUGAAAUCCAGCAUGUGCAUGUCAGCGCCAUCUCUCUAUUCUUAGUCCUACUCUUCCAGUAACUGUUGGCUGAGCUGCACCAAAGUAUGCAGCACCACUCACCUGAAGUUUUCCCUGUUUGUAAACGUGUUUGUUUAUGUUAUUCAAAUGUCUUCAAACGUUUAACAUGACAGUAUGAAACACUGUAUAUGUGUCUGUUAUAUGUCUGAGUACACGUCCAAUGAUGAAGUGUAAAAUGAUAAACUGGGUCUGCAACACAUAAUGCUGUUGCUUGAUCAGUGUGAAAGAAAGUUUGAAGACGGAUAGCUGGUUGUUACAGGCUUGUAACAUGAAAAGGGCUCAUCAUGUGUAACAUGAAGGGCUGCUCAUGGUGAAGCUUUAGCGAUAUUUCAAGGUCUGACAUCCCAGGAUUUCAGUUUAACUUCCCACAACUUUACUACUGUCAACAUUAUUAUCGUUUUUAGGAAAAGAAAAUGCUAUAACAAACCCUUUAUUACAAUUUUACCAACAAACAUUGGUUUUGGUUAAUCAAAGCAGACACAUAAUGGUCAGUUCUUUCUUAUUACCUCCACCAAGGUGGUUUUGUUUUCGGUAGCGUUGGUUUGUUUGUUGGUUUGUUUGUUGGUUUGUUUGUUGGUUUGUUUGUUUGUUCGUCUGUUAGCAACUUUACAGAGAAAGUUACAGACGGAUUGACCUGAGAUUUUCACCAGAGGUGCGUCUCAGCCCCAGGAGGAUCCCAUUACAUUUUGGUGGUGAUCCGGAUCGCCUUCUGGAUCCAGGAAUUUUUUGAAGGAUUCUUUAUCAUUGUGAGAUAGGGCAAAUUUUGGAAUUUUUGCAUUUAACUCUAUAAAAAUGACCAGAAUCUUUAGUAAAAAAUUACACAAAAGGAUCUCAAUGAGUUUUAUGAGGUGUCAAAGGUUGAUCCUGAUCCAGACAAAAUUCUGGAUACUGUGAUCCAGAACACACAAAAAUAAGGGUGUCGUUGGAAUUUUCAAUGCUGAAAGAUAACCAAUGGGCGGCACAGUGGUGUAGUGGUUAGCACUGUUGCCUCACAGCCAGAAGGUCCUGGGUUCGAAUCUGGGUCAGGGCAUUUCUUGUUUUAGGAACAUUAUGAACAGUGAACAUACCAGUUUAAACACAAAUAUAAGUUAAUAAAAGACACGUAACAGUAAAAGUUUUGGUGUGAAUCACAAUAUAAGGGGGGACAUGAGCUGCUUGGCGGAGGUCUGCGCUCUCUGAGUGCUUUUCUAGUUUACCAUCUCAAAUCUUUCUAAAAGUUGUUUAAAUGAGGAUUUUCCCUGCUUAGAUGGAAGAGACCAUUGAAACAAAGUUGUUUUGCAUAUUAAAGAUAUUCAUUAUUCUUUAUUGGAGUUAUAAGUGUUAUGAUCUUUGGCAAAAAUCUCUUUGUCAUUCUGUCCCCUCUGGUUUUCUAACUUGAUCUGCAAGCCUGUGUCUGGAUUUGCAUGAUAUUUCCAUGCCUAUGCAAGCCAUAGGAACAAACAGUGGUUUUGGCUCUCCAGUGUGCACAAAGAAGGCUUUGCAUGUCAAUGAUGCACAUUAGUGUCUGCAGGCAGUUGGAGGCCCAGACAGGGUGAGGGCAAGCACAGUACAAACUGCCAGUGAACCUGUGAAUAAUUGCUUUUUGAUCAAAGACUAGAUAGGUUUUUUUUACUUUUUUUCAGUUUUGUAAUUUGAAAGACAAAUGGGGUGGUAGAGCUGAAGAGUGAUGGGGCUUUGAUGAUGAGUUUUGGUAGGUAGUUUACCUUCAGAGGUUUCAAGCGAAAGUUCACUCCUCACAGAAGAAAAAAGAAAUACACAAGAAAAACAUGAGUCGUGAGUAAAGUUUUAAUGUCACAGUGAGAGCUUCACAGGUCAAUAUCCCUUCACCCUUGGCUCCUCCUUCUUUGAAGCACAAAGCCGACACUACACCAUGUUUAACCUUAAUGCUCCGACUGUCCAUCAUGAGAUGUUUGUGUGUUUUCUGUUUUUCAGCCUUGGUAAUUACAGGGAGGGAAAACAGAGGAAGAGAGAGUGAUCAUGCAGAGGAGAGUACCGUACUAUUAUCCUUACUUACUUUCAUACUGCUGUUAGUUUGGCAGGUGGUGUGUGCAUCUGUGUGUGUGUGUGUGUGUGUGUGUGUGUGUGUGUGUGUGACUGAGACCAGUAGACGCUGCAUUCAGAGAAUAGAGGAACAGAAGGCCAGUAACGUGCUUUAUCUCCACCUGCUGCCAUCACCCCUGACACACACACACACACACACACACACACACACACACAGCUUCACCUCCUUGCUCUCAUUGUUGUACCUCAUCUGAUUUUCUUUCACUUCCCCCUUCUCGUGUGUCUUUUUCUGUCUUUGUCACUUUUUCUCAUACUUCACACUUAAAUGAUUGUCAUUGUCUCCCUACAUUCUUAUUUUGUGGUCAAAAGGCAAAAAGUUCCAUGUCUUCAAUACUUCUCUGUUGUUUUCCCAUGCUGCUCCUUAGUUUGAUUAAUUUUCAUACCACUGCCUGCAGACUUUUCAGUCAUUACUUAGUAUUUACAGUUGAGCUUUUAUCUCCAGUUUUAAUUUCAGGUGGUCUACAAUGCAGGUGCACUAACACAGGGAAAAACCCACAAAUGCUUUGGUCUGACAGGGAAGAAAAGAGUGAUAUGCUAAAUGGAAGCAAACAAUGUGUGACUCAUUCAGUCAAAGAGAUCUUGUCAGAACCUCUGUCUGAGUUCAGGAAUUAUUUGACUGUGUUUAAGGAGUGAUACUGACUUCAAGCAGAAAAUUAUUUUUUGGCAGCUUUAGAGGAUGUCCCUCUUGUCUAUGUCUAAGAUAAUAGCAGCUCUUAAGUAUUUUUCUUUUUGGUAAAAAGAAAGAAAUUACGAUGAGGCUGUCUAGAUAUCAGAAUUUUCACCUCAUAAUGAUCGUGGUCUUAAAAUAUCACAGUAACCAUGUUAGCUAGAUAUUUAGAGAAAACUUGAAGCUUAAAACAACACGGUGAGUGAAAUUAAGGAAAGGCAAGAAACGGGUGGGGCAUGGGUUAUAUAUCUUCAUUGAUAUCACAAGUCCAUUAGUUUAACUAAUCAACACAAUUAACAAAGAUAUCAUCAUUCAUGGUCAAAUUUAUGACUUAUCCACUGAAACUUCUUUGGAGACGGCCUGCGUCAUAAAAAUGAUUGUUUGUUGUGCUUUAUUUUUAUAUUGCUCCUGUUUUACUUGAGGAUAACAAAAGGAUGAGGAUAUGACUGCUAAUUAUCAGCUUCUCUAGAUACUGUUCCUAAUGCUCCAUUAGCCAGUGUAGUCAUUGGUCCUCUAUAUAAAAAAGAGAGAUCAUUAAAUGUUGUGAAUCCAGUGAUUUGUGUAGCUUAGAGUUAUUACUAGCAGAUUUUAAAUCUGUACUACAGCACACAGCAUUUUAUUGGAGCUCAUACCAGCCACUAUCACUGCUGCCUGGGUAUUACCUGAAACAAAUUUCAAGCUAAAAGGUUAGCUCUGAGAAAACCUCAGGGCUCUUUUCUCUGUUGCGGUAAACAUUCACAUCGGUGAUGCCAUUUUUCAUUGGCUCACUAACCUUUUGCUCUUUGUAUGUAAUGGUGGAGUGAAUACUGCUACCUAGUGUGUUGGAAUAUGUAAAAUUAUCAAUAAGUGAGAUUAAAUUGUAUGAUAAGAAUAAUGAAUAUUUAUCAAGUGGUGCUUUUAUUGUGCGGACAACUCAACCCCCUACUAUUUAUUGUAUAUCACUGUAACAUAUUGUCACAAGUGUGUUUUUCUAAGGCUGGAAUUUUCUAACAAAAUCGAUCGUGCUUACAAUCCAAUACGUCUUCUAAAUCUGUCAUUCUUCACUGUACAGAUUUUAAAUUAUGUGAACAGUCUUUGCUCUCAUUCCUCUCUUCCCAUCCUCAUUUAUUUUGCUACGACAAGGCGCUCACGCUGAAGUGGAGUUAGUUGCAGUUCUUAAUUCUUGGUUUCUGGCUGUGAAAGAGCUGUAGCAAUCAAGACAACCCUGGGUGUGAAUUCCUCACAGGAAAGUUUCCUUAUCUGAUCCCAGGAAACAGGAUAUAAAUCUUUCCAGACUUGUUUACACUUUCAGGUUGCCUAAGUGACCCAACCGGAGGUUGACCAAACUUCUGACUCUUCACGAUUGGUCAAUUCGGAGAACAGAGACAGAGUUUUUAUUACCUUUUAAACUGACUCCAUCACUGACCAUCUAAAUAAACACUAAUGUCUCAACCCAGAUCUCCCAUUUGAGAUUUAGCGUCUUAAAGUGUGUGAACAUACGGACCCCAGGAAAAGGGGGGGACACUGACCUCCAGACCUCGGUCGUAAAACCCUGCUCAACCAUACACUGAUAAAGACUACAUUCCUUUGGUGAAAGAAUACAAAUGACUGAUCAUGACAUCUUAUGCAUUCAGCAAUGUACUAAUCUGUCUAAUCAUGAAAUUUGUGUUGAAAUGAGAUGUUUCCCGUUUUUCUAUGUGCUUCAGAAGCCAAAUUAUCACUCCGGAUAUCUUUAGACCAACAGCUUUUCAGACUGUUUCAUGAACUGUUAAGAGUUAAAUUUAUUGACUAUGGCUCAUAACUUAACUCUAUGAACACAGAAAUAGUUUAGAAAUGUUUGGUUUAUAUUUUAAUCGUUUAUUUAGUAUUUUUAACCAUUAGGUGGUUAUAAUAUCAUUGAAUAAUCUGAAUGUGAGUAUUUAGAAUCCCUUAUUAAUCAUGAUGACGUUCAUUCACAUGUGUUUACUCUUUUGUUGUUCACAGUUUCCAUGUGUUACUAUCUGUUUCAUUUCAGAGUAAUUUAGCAUGUUCAAUGUGAUACUUAAAACAUGAUGAGAAUGUUUGAUGUGAUCCUACACUUCAUUCAUAUGUGUUUAGUGUCAAAUUAUUUAUCAUGGAACCUAGCAUUCAAUGAUAUUAAUCAUAGUGAGUGAGUAUCAGAUCUGACUCUUUUACCAGCCAAAAGAAUAAGUUAGAUCAAAUAAUCAGAGAUUCCACGACCCCUCCUUUCUCCUCACACACACCCCGGAAACACUCCCAGUGUGAGAAGAUAAAACCAGUGAAGUGGGGUUGCUCACUCUCUUCUGCUGACUCUCUUGUCCCCGGCUCUUAUGCCUUUUUUUCUCUUGUGUGCUGACUCUCCUGUCUCUCUUAGGCCCCUUACUCUUGGGCCCUUCUCUUCUGCCCACACCCUUCUGUGGUGCGUUUCUUUGUUUUCUCUUAGAACUUUUUCUUGGUCUACUAAGUUUUACGCCACGUGUUGAUUCACGUUGAUUUUUCUUUAACAUCGUCUUAGUUCAAGUUUUGAAACUUCAACUUUUUGUGCACAUAGCAAUUCAAGAUUAAGCCUUUGAUUGAUUUUUCUUUAAUUUCGCGAAGCCAUUUUUGAAAGUUUUCUCUGCUCUUCGAGCCUCGUUUUUCUGAGUUUUCUGCGUGAUUUCAAAGUCACCUCCGAACGCAACCCAACAGGCCCAGGUCAUCCUCUGUGCCAGAGUUUUUGAGUGAGACCAAAGAAGUACCCAAACGAGCAUCCACAGGAUCCACAGGCGCUGGCUUUGCUUCCGGCCCGAGUGCUGCAACUCCUGGCUCAUCCUUCGGCUGACUUCAGUCGUCUUCUGAGCUGAACCGCUCGAACCGCCAGUAGCCCGGACCUUCGGAACCUGCUCCAUCUUCUCCAAGGACCAGUCUCACUUAAGUAUGCAAACUUCCAGAGCGCCAAAGAGGGCUGUUGCUGUCUCAUGCGUUCAUAACUCAGAUAUCCACCUAUUUCUGGUGAUCUUAGAUUCCUCCAAAUCCACAUCCGAGUUUAUCUCGACACCAAAGUUAGUGUAGGUUAAUAUGUUAGCGCAUAUUCACUCACUAUCAUUAACUUUAGUGCUCCUAGCCUGACUCAGAAUCUUUAUUUAUUCACCUAUUAUUAUUUUAUCCUCAUUAUCUUCUUAUCAUUUAUUGCAUGUGUGUUGUACCAUCAUUUAUCCUGUAAUAAACAGAUCAUUAUUUUUCUAAGUUCCUGUCUGUUAGUGUUCUUCCAGAAGUGGAGUCCCUGAAAUUAGAAUUUCGACUUAAGAUAUGAGACUGAUUAAUUAAGACUGAUUAAUUAAAACUGACUUGAUGUUUGAUUUCUGAAUUAAACUUUUGUUUUCUUUAUUUUCCCACCAUUAAGGGUGGGUGGUGCCCCUUUCAACGAGUGCAUAAAUGUCAUAAUUUGAGAUUAUUAAUCUUCAGACAUUUAUUAUAAAUUCCAAUCGCCAAGUAUUAUUUUGGUGCGGCCUUGUGAGGCUCAUUUCAAAUCGCUACAUAUAUUUUGGUGCGACCGUAUGAGGCUCAUUUCAAAUCACUACAGAGCUGCAGUGUGUUGUAGAGAGAAAGCCUGAAUCAGGAAUGAUUCAUGUGAUAUGAACUCCAGUGUCACACCAUCCCAGCAGCAAUCCUGGUUUACUUUUAGUUUUCAGUCACUGUUCAUUUUCAUCACGUGUCUGUGACUGGAGAAGAACGAGAUAAAAAUGAGUGAUUGUGAAAGGGAAAGAAGGAGCAAUGCCAAAGAGAACGCACACAAAAGAGAAACAGAAGAAAGAAAGUGUGAAAAAAUAAUGAGGGAAGAAAAAAAAGAGCAAGUUGUCUGUGACUGGUUGCUGAGUCAGACACAUACACACGCACACACACGCACGCACACACACACACACACUUACAGCGCACGUAAUUAGUGUGAACAACACACAUACACACAUUUACAGACAGUCACUAGAUCUCAUCUUUUAUCUAAAUGGUACACAAACACACACACACUCACACACACACACACACACACACACACACACACACACACACACACACACACACACACAGAGCUUGAAUGUCACUCAGUCUCCCAGACGCUCUGAUAGUCAUUGAUGUAACAUUCUUCUAGAUAAUAACAUAAUUACUACACUAAAUCAGCUGAUGCCUCCAGCUCUGACAGUUUACACACACAUAAACUCACACACACACACACACACACACACACGCACACACACACACACUGUAUCUGUGUACAGUGCAAAGGAGGAAUGAAAUUGAAGGGCGCCACACUCAGUAUGUUAAAAAAAUAAGAAGGAAGAUCAGAAAAAUUGAAGCCUUUUUUGUGCUUUUUGUAUCUGAAUAUUAUAGUGUGUGUGUGUGUGUGUGUGUGUGUGUGUGUGUGUGUGUGUGUGUGUGUGUGUGUGUGUGUGUGUGUUGUUUAUUUGAAUUUAACCUAUGUACUUGUCAGCAUGAUUUACUGUGUUCAUGUGUGGGCGAGACAAAGUGCCACGAUUCACAAGACAAAAACACUGAUACCCUUUGUGUUCACACACCUCGUGGGCCCUGUUAUGUGUGUGUGUGUGUGUGUGUGUGUGUGUGUGUGUGUGUGUGUGUGUGUGUGUGUGUGUGUGUGUGUGUGUAUGAGUGUAGCAGUGGGCAGUUGUGCUGACUAAAUGGUUGGCACCACGCUGAAUGAAGGGCACAAUGCCAACAGAUCCCUCCACAUCUGCGUCACACACUGUCUGCCAACACUAUUUCUCACACACACUUACACGCAUUAACACACACAUUCAUGCACAAAGACUCACACAGAGCGUAGGAAGCUCUCGCAGCAGCUCUGGAGAAAAAGAUCAAAAAGAGAGAUUUUCCCCUUUUAGUUGGAGAUCUCCUGUAUCAGCGUGUGUUCAGCAGCAGGGACAGAGUGUCAAAGGAAAACCAGAUCAGAGAGGCAGUUUUUGAUCCACGUUGUGCUUUAAAUGCAGAGACACAAAGAUCCACUGAUGAAUGACUGUGAAAGUGACACACGCUGAUUCACAAGGCUGCAGCUGGUCGCUGAUGUCAGAUAAAAUCUUUGCCACCUAUCCUCAUCUUUCCACUCAGAAAUUUGUAAAAGCUGUUUUACAUUCGAGCCCUCAUCCAUCAACUUUACAAAGAGAAAUGUGAUCCCAGGAGAUGAAAUAGCCUCUAACAAAAGAGUUUUUAGGAAGAUGAGCUAUGAUGUUCAGCCAGAUAUGAGUUAUGGAGGCUCAGAAGACAUGUAACGCAGAGGAAGGAAGUGAUGUAAAUGAGCGGGGCAGAAUCACAGGGCGUAAAAAUGUUAUACAUGCAUGACGGUACAAAGAAAGAACAGACAACAAAAAGAACCCAUGAAAGGGUCUAUAGUGUCACUUUGAGCCUUCAGACCAGGUCUGUGUUGUGGUCUCUACAAGUCUGUGAGCUCUGGGGGGGAUGAACAAACUUUCACCUUAAAGAUGAUCAUAUUCUUGGUACAUGUAACAUUAUCCAAAUCUCACAAUGGGAUCAUAACAAAUCCAUGGUGUGAUACUUGUGGUGUUUAAAGACUACUAAAAAACUUGAAAUAAUCCAGGUUAUUAAACUCUGAGUAUUUUAUGAAGUCCACUGUCCAUGCUGAGUGAGAUGCACUCUGGUUGCUUUUGUCUCUCUGUCUCUUUGCUAAUAGUGUUUGAUACAACAAUUGCCAUGAUGGAAAUCUUUUCUUUCACUCAUCGUGUGUGUACCACCAACUUUGUAAAUCCUUUGUUCUCAGAAAACCACAGAAAACGUCUGCAGGUCUACGAGUUUGUGUUCAGCAGUACAUCUUAUGCUCUCCGCAUGGGAAGUGAAACUCUACGCUCCCUUCAGAGUCUUUUGGCCGUGCUGGAUUUUUCUCUUUCCUCAUAUCUUCUCAAAUUUUUUCGAGAUGACGAUUAACUACGUGGCUUUUUAAUAUUGCAUAUUACUUUUGGUUUCCUUGUGUGUGGGCCACCGCAGUCUGGCAGCGUCUCCGUAUUGACUUUUGUUUGUUCCUAACCCUUUCUCCUUUUUCAUUUUUUGAAAAAUGAAAACAAAAUGCUUCAACAUAUCAGGUUUGAAAGCCGCUGGGGCACCACAGUUUCAAAUUCCUUUGUCUGUUCUCGCCCCAUGCUACUAAAGAUGGUGUCCACUAAUUUCAGCACUGAUCUGAGUGCAAACAAACAAAGAUGGGCACAUGUGGGAUGAUAGGCUCCCUCCACUCUGCCUCUCUGGGGUUGAAACAAAACUGGACUUAUUACCAAGAAGCUUUAUGGUUUAUGCUGUCACAGGUCUAGGAUGCCAUUGUGACAUUUUUCUCCUUAAAACAUCAUGAAAUCGAUGAUACCACUACAUCCCACUUCUGAGUAAUCAUGAAAGUCAUUAAUAUUUCCUAGAACUUUAAUACUCACUCUGACUCACACGAAUAAUUUGGAUGUUUCUCAGCAUAUCCAGUGCUUAUAAACACUUACAGGAAAGAUAGUCCAUUUGAAGACUGUGUAGAUUUGACAUAAACUUGAGUUCAAACUCCAAAAUGUCCAAUGUAAUCCUUCAUUGUUAUCAGACAUUUCUUUGUCAUUAUACAUUGUAUAAAAUCACGAUUCACAGUUUAUUUAUUUGAAAGAAUCCCCAUUAGUCACUCCAAUGUAGGUUUGGGUAUGUAGUCGUAUUUAAUAGCUUAGAAAUAAAUGUAAUUGCCACAUGCAAACAAAUUUCACAAGUCACAGAUUUUACAAGUGAGAACACCCACACUCGGUUUUGUCACCUAUGAAGGACCCUUUCGCGAUAUACUGCAAAGGCAGUAGGGAAGAACACAAUUAAAGAAACAUAGAGGAAACAUAAAUAGUUCAGCCUUUUAAAGGAUACAUAAACAACAUGGAGCAACAUGACACACACGGUGUUAGGGGCCCCUCUGCUACAGCAACAAGCUCACUACGUAGUACCCCACUAAACACACAGCUGCCUACUAAAAGACUGCAUUUUUUUAACCAAAUGUUGAUUUGGAAAUGUGUUUAUUCACUUAGAAAUUGAGAUACUUUUUCCCAGGAAAGGUUUUUAUGAAGCUCAAAGUUUAAGCUGCUUCAAUGACAUAACACUUCACUCUGAAGCCUUUCAAAAGAAGCCUGAUAUUUUCUUUUCCAUUAACCUGUCCUUAAACACCACCGUACAUCCUACUGUUUACUUUCUACCUUUAGUUUGCACGUUUCUCUCAUGUAGCCUCCAGUUUUUCUGUCUUUGACCUCCCUGGCUUUUCUCCACUGUUUAAGAACACUUUCUUGGUGUUCCUCCCUGAAUUAAACAACACUGGACUUACCGGACUGUUUUCUGUACAUUGGUAUAGCAACAGUACGUCCACCAUAGACUGUGAUUGGAGCACUCUUGUUCGUCAUAACAACGGUCUGUUAUCAAGAAAUAACAGACCACUGCUGUGGAGUUUUGACCAAUCAGUGUUUGACACAGCACAGUAAAACAUGAAUGUUGAGGAGUAUUGCAUGAAUGCUGAAUGUCAGCACUGCUGUGAUUCAGUGAUGGGCGGGCAGAGAGCUAUAGUUAAUUACAGGGUGAUGACUAUUGCUAUAAAAUUAUAGUGAUAGGGUUGUUAAACUUGCAUGUUUCAAAGAAUUUCUUGUAAACUUGUUAAAAAGAAAUAAAAAACAUUAAUACACUGACAACUGUACUUAUCAGCUGCCAGCUAAUAACUCGGUGUGACAGUCCAGAUCUUUGACACCAAAAGUGAAACAUGUCUGUAUGAAACUCGCUCUCUGUUUCAGAGUGGGUCUGAAUUUUCGCUUCAUCUCACUCAGCUUCCUCUUCUUAUUCACAGAGUGUUCCUCUGUCUUUACAUGUGUGUCUGUGUGUCUGUGAGAAAGUGUGUGUGUCCGUGAGAGAGUGUGUGUGUGUGUGUGUGUGUGUGUGUGUGUGUGUGUGUGUGUGUGUGUGUGUGUGUGUGUGUGUGUGUGUGUGUGUGUGUGUGUAAGUAAAUGGAUGUGGGGGUUGACAUGGCCCUCUCUCAGAGGAAGUCUGUGGUUAGGCCGUUUCUACAUAUUUUCCCUUUACACACACACACGCACACACACACACACACACACACUCAAAUGCUUGCAUGCACGCACACAUGCAUGCACACACACAUGCAACCACACACUCACUCACACAAAUUUUCCCUGACAGGCCAAAUGAAGCUUUCAUUUAAAAGCACCGUACACCCCUGCAGAUGUGGAAGCCAUCUUUCUCUUUCAUACACACACAUACACUCUCUCUCUCUCUCUCUCUCUCUCUCUCUCUCUCUCUCUCUCUCUCUCUCUCACACACACACACACACACACACACACACACACACACACACACACACACACACAGAAAAACAUUGACUUCAAAAUAAACACAAAAACCCACAGUCUCUUGGAGAGCAGUCUCCCCUCAAACCCUGGUGCAGUGUGGGUAGUUGUGGUAAAAGAGGUCCCUGUGAGAGGCUGUCCAAAAAUAGCCUGAGUAAAACUGCAGGAACGUGGAGCUCACCCAGUGUCUCACAGAAAAUCCACUCUACUGGGUGUUUGGGUGUGUGCUGAGGGGGAGUGUUUGAUUUAGCUAAUUUAUUCCUAAACACUUGUUUACUCUGAUAAAAAUACCACCUUCAGACUUUCUACCCUGGGAAAAAACAGACUGUCAUGUGUUUCCCUGUCUCUCUGUCUGCUGUCUCUUCCUCAUGGAAAUCAGUGUCGUGGGAAAGAGGAAGACAAUUAAGAUGAGAGAAGAGAUAGAAGUAGGUAGAGAGUAAAUUAGAUUGUAACUGUCCUUUAUUGUUUAAGAAAACUUAAUCUACAGCUCCGUGUGAAAGUAUUCCUCUACUUCUGUUACCAUGUGUUGGUGCUCCUCCACAAGGACAAAUACUGUUUUUAUAAAUGUCUGUCUGACAUGUUUUCUCAAGUGAUCAUCAUUUUAUCAGUUCACUCUGUUUCUUUUUUUUUUCAGCAGAUACAGAAACAUACGGAGCCUGGGAGGUUGACAUUAACUUUUUUUUCAAUUUCGCACAUGCAAUUUAGUAUCUCGAACGUGCGUUUUGUAUCUUGCACAUGCAUUUUUGUAAAUAAUCCUCUGCGCCUCAUUUGUGAUAAAAGAAGGACCGUGUCAUGGAGGGAGAGCAUAUUAUCAGCAUUUUCUUUUGUUUAGAUAUGACUCAUAAAGAGAUACUUUAUAACUUCGCCACAUUUAGUAUUGUUUUGAGUAGGAGACACCUCAUCAGGAUCCUCAAAGCACAGCAAUUUUGCCGUCGGCGAUUUUCAGACUUGCAAGAAGUGAUUUUGUUUAUUAACAAACAGUUAAAUCGCACCUGUGAUACAAUGAAGUGCACGUGCGAAUUAAAAAAAAACUUUGUAGAACUUUGAAGGCUUGUCUUGUAGGCUUUGCAGAAACAGCCUUUUUUGACGUCUUUAAAAUAUUCAUGAUAAAUGACAGAUUUGAUUCUCAACAGUCAGCAGUAUGAGAUUUUUCUCACAAGAUGCUGUUCAAGCAUGUUGAAAACAAAGGCUGCGUUGUCCACGGGGGCUGCAAUAAUUGACCCAGGUCUUAAGUUCCUCACAGGAGCUUCAAGUAAAGCCACUCUCAGAGUUAUACAGUCAUAUCUGAGUGAAAAAUUAGCUUAUAAAUUCCAAAUGGGUUAAAGAGGAAAACAGAAGGGGAACGUUUAGUCCUUUGGGCCAAAGCACUGAAAUUCCAGUACAAAACAAAAGGUUUAUUACUGCCAGCAGCUGACUAGAUCUGUACUUUGACAGCUUGAUUUUCAAAUUCAGCCAUGCUAGUUGAGUGGUUGUAAGCUGUAACUUAGGUAUGAUAAAAAGACUACUUAUUCUAAUUAUGUUUCCAUAUGUUGAGAACUAGUGGAGUUCAGUCCGCAGCGGCUAAGUUUGGCCUACAUCAGCUAAGGCCCACUGCCAAGUCUAAACAAAGAUUUUUGUUCUUUGAUACUACACAUGUACACAUUCCCCUGUCUUAUGAAAAAAACACACACAGACACACACUAGGACACUCACACUCACAUACUUGGUGGUUACAUUGCUGCCCUGCUGGCACAGAGCCAUGGACAUGUAAUAUAAGCAGAGUUUGUGAACGUCUGUCUGACGCUGCAGACUCUCUCUGAGCUGCACAGUGUACACGAGCGAGAGCGAGAGGUUAAUGGAGUAUGAAAAUAAGCACUCCUAGUCCUGCUAGUAUCAAUGUUUAUUCUUCCACUGUCCUUCCAAGGCAGAACAAAAUAGACACCACAUGAGCACAAGAACUACACAAUAUUGAUUUUGGUUGGUGUUGUUGAUCCGUUGAUGAUGUUUUGUACUAAUUUUAUCACUCUCAGGAUUAACUGAGGACACAUGAGAAGAAAAGGAACAUUUCUUUUCAAAAGUAGACAACUUUAAGAAGAGCUAGAGAGACUUGGAUUAAAAUCCAGAGGACAGAGGAUUUCAUUUUGUCAACUGAGCCCCUGAACAAGUCUUAGACCCUUGACACAGUCAGACUCACACACCAAAUUAAAACAAAGACAAGGUUUUGAAGUGGAUAGUAUUUUUUUAUAUGAAUGAUUUUGUCUCCCCCUGGUCUGCAAACACACUCAAAAUUAGACACAGAGUAAAGUAACACACUCCGAGUUCAGAUGAGAGGGAUUACACACCUGCAUGCUAGUGUAAAAGCGUGUCAGCGUGGGAUUCACACAUGUCCAAAGGUGAGGAGGAGCGCUCUAUAUUUCAAAUACGGACUCUGUUAUUUUCAGGACAGACAGCUAAAAAAUCCUGAUCCAAGAGUUGCAAUUUUAGAGGUUCAUUAAAGCUCCUGAUUUUUCCUAAGGCAGCAUCGUCAGCUGCAGUUCAUUGUUCAGAGAAUGAAGCUUGUACCAAAGAGUCAGUUUCACACUUCUUACUGACAAAAAAAGCUCAUAUGGAGAUGAAAAUGCCAAACUGUUGCACCUUUGCUGGGAUCUGAAUCUGUUGCCAUGCUGAAAUCAUGUCUGAUAGUGACAAUGAUUUUGUUCAUCUGAAAAUAAAAACUGCUGCUGACUGUAAUCUGUCUCUCUUUCUUUCUCUUUCUCUCUGUCCCACUCUCUCUAGGUCUAUUUAAAGGCUCCUAUGAUCCUGAACGGAGUGUGUGUGAUCUGGAGAGGCUGGAUCGAUCUACAGAGGCUGGAUGGGAUGGGAUUUUUGGAGUAUGAUGAGGAGAGAGCACAGGUACUCCAAUAAGUUCCACUACUGCACAUGAGGAAAAAAUGUAUGAGUGUCGUGUUGCUGCAAAAAGUGCUGCCAAAGCUCUGCAUGUUAUCUCGAGUGGUGUCACCUCAGUCAGUUGCACUGAAAGUGCACUGAUUGCAGCGCAAAUCUGAAUCUGAAAACCUGGAGCUCUACAGUUUUGCUCGACUUCCUGGGCUGCUAGAAAUGCACACUUGUAUCUCCAGCUGAACAGAUGGUAGUCGAGUUACCUUGAGAGAAAAGUAGGUGUGAGAUUGUGAAAAUACAGUGGUUGAAAUUUGUAAAGUGUCCGACUCAACACUACAGCACUAAGUUGAAGAUACUCUGGCACCCAAAUAAAUAACUGCUCUGCCUCGAUCGUUUUCUAUUUCUGCAUACGGACCACUUUAUUAUCCAAGGCUAAAGUCACUCUCAUCUCUUUCUGUCAAUGUGUGUGUUUGUUCAUGACUGUGUGUGUGUAUUUGUGUGCAGCAUGAGGACGCUUUGGCCCAGGCAGCAUUUGAAGAGGCUCGCCGCAGAACCAGAGACUUUGAAGACAGAGACCGGUCACACAGAGAGGAUCUGGAGGUGAGAGGGCCCUGUGGAGAUUGUCAUUCAUAAAAAAAACAAAAACAAACUAAUACUUCUCUGCCAUCUCAAAGACAAUUCAGCACCAGCUUAGCCUUACCAAGCCAGCCUCAGUGUCAGAAAUCCUCUGUUUGACUACAAGUGAGUCUAAAUCUUGCACACUGGGACUUCUGGCCCCAUCUGUCUGUGAACUAAAGGUUUUACCUGAACAUUGUGGUUUACAUGUAAGCAAAUAUUGUGGCUUCCUACACUCCUGACCUUUUUAAUCCUUACUUCAAGCAGCCAUGCAUUGUUUCACUUCAGUUUGUUGAACGUAUGACCUCAACUCUCAUGGUUGUUGGGUGUAGUCAGGGGUGCAACUAUCGAAAUUUGUGCAAACAACAGUGAUGAAUCAGCGGCAACGCCUCUGCAGCACUGGAGUGCAUGGAAAUGUUUUAAAGGUAUAUUCAAAAACCACUUGACAUUUCAGGCCUCAGAUGUUUUCACGUCAUGAACAGGUGUCAAGUUUCUAGAUAAAAAGAGGAAAAUAGGAUCAAAGUGACAUGUCAAAAUCACUCAUAGUGAGAUCUGAACAGUAGUAAGCAUUAGAAAUAUGUUCUUACUAACCUUUUUCUGAAAUGAUUCAUUUUUCAACAGACCACUGUGCGCUAAAUUAAUACACACGUAUGAAGGCUGGCUUUGCGAGGCUCUACUGCACUCACUAUUUCUAGAUUUAUAUCUGAAGACUAUUUAGGCCCUGAAAUUACAAAUUUAAAUGAAAUAAAGAUAACCUCAAGAUAUUUUAUCAUUGUGAUUAAUUGCAUAUAUUUUCAGAAAUAUGCCCUCAAUUUGACAGACAUUUUCCAUAAUUACUCCUAAGCCUAAUUUGUUCAGCACAGAGAAGGCUAAAUCCAAAUUUACUUUGGUUAAGGCUCAAAUUUCUCGAAGGUUCUUCUUUGCUUUGGAUGGCUUAGAAUUGUGUGUUGUGUGGUUGUGUGCUUUUAAUUAUUGCUAAUAUGAAAAACUGAUGUGUACAAUAUAGAUAUAGUUUGGAUCAUAGGUCUAGUGCAUGAACAGUUUGACAGUUAAUCUAAUCUGAUAAUUGAUUUGAUUUGAUAUUCUUGAUCUAUUGAAUGACUGAUCCAAUUUUGUCAGGUGUCCCUAAAAGCCUCACAAGGGAAAGAUGUGCUUUUACAGAAUCAUUUGAACUCCAUUAUCCCGAAAAUGAGCUGUCAUUGUACAGUCAGUUUCAACGAAGUAGGGAAUGUUGCUUUUGAACUUGUCUUUUAUUUGUGAAAUUGUCAUUGUGGAGAAUUUUUCUAAUUAUAAUGUCUGACAAGUUUGAAAAGUCAAUAUUAUUCAUUGUCCCAUUUACUGUUUUGAAGACAAACUCACUUUCCCAGCAAGGCUUUAGGGAGAUCAAUGGCAUCCUUCCUUAUUUGACGCCCUACCAUUGAAUCCAAAAUUGUUUAUUUUUUAGGACCCUGUGGUUUCUAAAAUCUGGGACUGAUGACCCACAGACAGACAGCCAGCAGAAAAGAACAGGGUCUGUGUCCUUCACUUCUUACCAUCUAUCACACUGUCAUGCACUAAACCACCCUGUGUGUGUGUGUGUGUGUGUGUGUGUGUGUGUGUGUGUGUGUGCGUGCGUGCGUGCGUGUGUGUGUGUGUGUGUGUGUGUGGCUGUUUGUGUGCAUGUGUUCACCUGUUCAUUUAUGUCUAUGUAUCUUUGUGUUCUCUUAUUGGUUACUGUGACAAAAAGUGGCUGUUUUUUUUUCUCUUCAUUUUUUAGAGAUAUGUGUAUGUCUGUGAUUGUGUCUUCAUGAAAGUGUGUGAAUUUUAUGGCUAUCAUGUGACACUUUGUUUGAUGCUGUGUGGCAUGAGAGACAGAAGUACUGCAGUGACAUUUACUUAGCCAGUUUGCGCCAUGCCACACACACACACUGUCUACCAAGACCUACCACAGCUUUGCAGCACAUGGUGGUGCAGAAAUGACACAAAUUAGAAAGGCAGGAACUUAACACAUAAGGAGGACAGAGGGGGGAUGGUGAUGAACACAGAUGAGCUGAACAGAGAGGCAGAAACAAAGAAGAAAAAGAGGCCUUUAUUGAAGGUUGCCUUUCAUCUGGCUGAUCUCAUGUUUCUUCCCUGAGGCUCUCAGAGAAAAAGAAAACCUUGUGUUUCAGUAUCAGUGCCAUCACUAUGCCCUGGAAAAACCCAUGCACUCCAAACUGGGCACGGGGGGUGAUUUAGAUUCAGAUUUGCAGAAAGCAGAAACUAUGUCCCACUUUAGAUCACACUUUGGUGACAUGCGGCCAUAUCACAGACUGACAGUGCAACUAAAUCUUCCUAAACUUCCACCUGCAUAUUCUUAUUCUCAAUCUAUGUGGUAAUGAUAUUUAUUUUAAGUUGUACUCUUUACUUUUAUAAAGGGUAAACAUCUUUUGUCUAGCUUAUGACAGUUGAAACUUCUAGUUCACCAGUUCUACCCACAGACUGUAGAAUGGAUGCCAUCUGCCUCCUUGCAUGAACAGCACCCUCUGGUGACGAGCUGCAGUAUAGGUCAUAAAUCUUGCCUCCUCCAGCAAUCCCUAUAAAGCUGUGGACAAACUUUAGAAAUUAAUUACACAGAAUAUAAAUUUUUCUCCCUCCUGCUUGUGAUGUUGACAUGUAGUUACCGUAAGACUGGUUUGUGGUCAAGUCCUCUUUUUUCUGUGCAGCUCCUUUUUUAAAAGUUAUUCGGGGGUUCAUGUUUUCUAUGAUUGACACCUGAUACAGCCUAUGGGCGUACAAAGAUUGUGUAGCUCACCCGGUGAAUACGCUGUUUGAGCCGAGCAUCAUCACAACAACUCUUGGCGACUCUCCCGCCGAAUGCGUACAACGCUACUGCAUUUCAGGAAGUGAAGAAAAAACACAGAAAUACCGAGAGCUUUUUGGCUUCAAAUCCAUAUACCCGCAGAAGGCAGAACCAAGUUGUCCAUAGUAUAUACAGUCUAUGGCUCUACCACAUACGACAGUUGAGUAAACUAUGAACAACUAGUUUUGUCAUACAGUAGUUGUAGUUUAUAAUUUAAACUGUGAGCCACCAGCAGCUGACUAGAGUGAUGUUUUGGACAGCCAGCUAAGUAAGUAAGUAAAAUUUAUUUAGUAUAGCACUUUUCAUAGAAAAGAUUCACUAAGUGCUUCACAGUAAAAAUUUAAAAAUACAAUAGCUAACUGGAUGUAGUUACAGAAUGAUACUAUUGUACCCCGCUGUUAGUCUUUUUUGCUGUCUCUCAAAAAGAGAGACUUAAAAAUAUCAAACAUCAGUUUAAAAUGAAGAUAGAAGUUCCCCUGCCAGGUGGUGUCCUGAGAUAAAACAGGAACAAGGAGGUAGGUACACACUUGAACAAGUUGUCUAUUUUGGGGCUUUAGCUGCGAGUGAAAACACUUUACCUUUAUUUGACUUCAAAUUUCUUUUCUGCCCCCUUGAGACAGGCUCUGUAUUUGUCAAAAUUUUCCUCAUCAUCACUUUCUUGGUUUACCCCUCAGAUAAAUGCACAGAUCCAGAAUCUACAUUAAAUUACACAGUGCACAAAAUAAUCCAUAAAAACCUCUUUGCUCUGCUUUUUUCCCAUCAUAAGUAAAGUCAAGUCCUUUCACAGUACAUAUGUAGAUGUUUUCCACCAUUCUCAGAGAUCCUCGCUGUUUGGGGCUGCUUUACUGCUCCUUCACCCUUUAUAACCCUCACUCUUUUUAUAGUUAUUAUAAAUGAAGAUUAAUCACACAAUCAUUGUCAACAAAAUACUUUUUUCAAGUAAUGUCCACACAUUCAGAGGGAAGACAGUGGGAAAGAGCAGUUACAGUAGGAUCCUUUAGAUCCUGCGUGAGAUGUCACAUAGUGGGUGUAACUGAGGAGCGUUUCUCAAUAGCUGCACAGAUUAAGCCCUCUGCAUUUCUGUGGUCUGAACUCCACCUCUCCUUCCGUCUGUUUUUCUCUCACUGCUGUUCUAGUUAUGUCUCUGUCCUAGUUAAAGUGUGUUUAAUUUAAAGCCAUAGUUAGCGCUUUCAGUCUCUGAUUUAAAAAAGAAGAACUGAAUUACCGACAUUUGUCUCCUAGUUUAGGGCUGAUUUUAACAGAGAGAAAAAGGUGAGGGAGGGAGAUGAGAAAAAUUGAUAGAAAAUAGAUAAAACAGUAAAAGAGGGUGGCAUUCAGUUUUUCUGACAUGUAGAAAUAAACAAUGACUUUUAUAAAUUCUGGGUUAAUGAUCCAACAUAAGUAUAUUAUACAUAACUAGAGCUUACACAAUUGGCAUAUAAGCAGUUUGUGAUAUUCGCUUUCUUACCACACUCUAAAAUCUCAUGAGAAAUAUUUCUGUAAACCAAGCAAAAUUUCCCCUGAACCAAUAUUACGGAUCAUUUUAAUUAUUGAUCUAUUCUUAGUUUAACAUGAUGUUUACUGCACAUCCCAUGUAAUAAAGGUUAUAGUCCUCGCUGCUGCAGCUACUGGUUUGACCCUCCCAUGUUUCCUGUCACUCAUCAGCUUUCCUAUUGAAUGAAAGAAAAGUGGCCCAAAACGGAGUUUGGAAAAAGAAUUGAAGAAAUCAUGUUAGAGACCGAUAUGUAACAAUGACCCAAAAUGUUGUUUAAAAAAAUUGUAAUAAAACCCCGUAUUAUAAUAAUCGAUCAAUAAUGUAACAAAAGUAAUGAGCCUGACAUGUAAUUAAAAAAAAUGUAACAAGCACUAAAAUCUUAAUGAUACAAUAAAUUAAGAUUUUAUGAAAGUAAUGUCAUGGGAAGAAUAAAUAGAACUCAAAGUUUACAUGAGCGAGUUUUUGUUUAAUUAGUGUCGUAGAGAAAUAAAUGAAUCUUUGGCUAAAUUUUUAUACUUUUUUACCCAAAAACAUUCAAGGUCAGAAGGCAUGAUCCUGUCAGGAUGAUCAAUGGAGGAGCAGAAAAUCAAGAAGAGAUGCUCUUUAUAACUCAUCUCACACACACACACACACACACAUCUCUGAAAGCGCUCGGCAGAGAGAGAUUUGGUGAUGAAUGAUGAGCUGGCACUGAAAGCAUUAAUAUAUCAUUAGUAUUGAUCGCCAUCAGACCCCCACUUUGUUGUACACACAGACACACACACACAAAUACACACAUAUAUAUGUAUUCAGAGACAAUUUCAGAUACUGUGCAGGCACAUGAGCACAAACUCGCAGAUGCAGCAAAUAAGUCCACCACCACCACCCCCACACACACUCUUCUCCAGUAUUGAGUUGUGGUUAAGCAGCCUACAGUGGCUCAGCAAGCUUCCAUCUGUGUGUGGAUCAAUAAAAAAGGCUCCUCUCCCUCUAGAAUUAGAGAGACCACUCCUCUCUCCAAAGACAAAAACAAGAUAUAACCAACAAUUAUGAUUUAGGGCGGGCAGUCUUCUGUGAAAACAGUGAAUGUUUAGUCACAGCAGGCACUUCAAAUUCUCAUUAAUGCUUUUAUUUUCACACUUCUUCAUGAAAGCUUCAACAAUAUUUCUAAGUGGUGCUAGAUACAGUCUGUUUUUGUGAUAUUUUUACACACUGAAUCUGCAAGGGCUUCAGGUUUGACCAAUCCUGCUCUAAGUUUUUUUUACGUUUCAGGACUACGAACUCCAUACCAUAUUCAUAACCCUUAUGCCAGCUUUGAAAUACUUUCUUAUUGACACAUUUAGCAGUUUUGAAGAUAACUGAGAGUCACAUCUUUGUCAUUUAACUCUAUAGGUCCUAUAAGUUGUUUCUCUGCCUUUGGUAAAUGCUAUAGAUAAAGAAUAAUCAUCAUUUUUCAACCCCAUUUCCAUAAGGGUGGGGAAGCUGUGUAAAAUGAUGAUUUACUGUUUAAAAACUGAACUCAUUAAAUUAAAAACCCUAUAUUCAAAGUCAAAAGAAUGCUAAAGUGACAAAUAUGUUGAAAUUGAAAAGUUUGAUUGUUUUCUGAAGUUAUGCUCGUUUUAAAUUUGAUGCCAUCAAUAUUCAUUAGGUCCUUUUCUUUUUUAUUAAGGCACAAGUGUCUUAGGUUUAUCAGAGCUGUUUCUCUAAAAAAACAGUUACUCUUAAGAUACUAAGCAUCUUAAAGAAGUGUGUUUACGUUUAAGAUUGUAACUCUAGUUUACUGAGUGGAAAGGCAACAGUUAUUAUUAAUAAAGGAAGUAUGUCCAAAUCAAUCAGAAAACAUACUAGGAAGUGAUAUUUUGGAUGAUAAUUCAACAUUUUUUAAGGGCCCUUGUCACAUCAUAACAAAAUCAAAUAUUUGCUUACAUGCUGCAGAGCCUGGCCUUACACAGAUGUAAAGGUGUCACUGUGGUGAAUAGUUAAGAGUUGAGUCUAUCAUGAGUCCAAUUGGAUCCUGAACCAAGUCCUUCCACACGAGCCACACAUACAGGGUUAAAUUCCUAUCAGGAGUUUUGAUGGAGCAGCAGAAAGCUUUACAGUGGAGACAGACAGAAACUGGAGUCAGUCUGGCUGUGAGGAGUCAAAAUGGUAGUAUGACAUACUGUAUGUGUGUCUGCAUGUGACUUUGUGUGUGUGUGUGUGUGUGUGUGUGUGUGUGUGUGUGUGUGUGUGUGUGUGUGUGUGUGUGUGUGUGUGUGUGUGUGUUGCUAUUAUGGUGAGUCACUGAGAUGACACAAACUACAUUCCAGUUGAACUAAGCAACCCCUUUACUAUCUCCGUCUGCAUUUCUGUUUAGUCUGCUCUCUGCCUCACCUCUCUGCACACUUUGUAACCCCCCUGGCCCCCCUAAUUUCCCUCAGCUAUCACUUAUGUGUAAAUAUAUAACCACAAGUAUUUUUUACAGCAGGAGCAGGUCAUGUAGAGGGCUUCCAAACACACACACACACACACUAACACUACACCCCGUCAUAAAAUAUUUUUAAAAGUCUUAUCACCCUCAUGGCCUCUAAUGAUGACCUAAUGAUCUGCUUGCUCUGUGCGUGUGUGUGUGUGUGUGUGUGUGUGUGUGUGUGUGUGUGUGUGUGUGUGUGUGUGUGUGUGUGUGUGUGUGUGUGUGUUCUAUAUGUGUCAGACAGCCUGCCUGUCUGCCACUUUAUCUGUGUGCCUGUCUGACUUUCUGCCUGUCUGUCUGUCUGCCAGUUUUCUUGACGAAAAUAUCAGCAUCAGUGAAGUGUAAAACCAGCAGCGCUUAACCUGCUGGGAUUUGGUGCUCUGGCUCCCUCUAGUGACCGCCUCUAGAUUUGCAAAUUACUCUUAUACUCUCUCAACAGUAAGAAGUUGUAAAUAUGCAUUAUGUCAUUUUAAUGCUUUAAUCUAGUGUGAGGGGGGUAGGAGUCAGCUAAGCCCUUGAAGGAACAGCUUAUUUUUUUAAUGUUCAUAUAAAAUAUUAAUAAUGAAAGCUACAAAAGUCAUUUUUGGACCUUCUCAAGCACGUAGAUGACAAAUUAAAUUCAUCACAAACCAAAGGUUCCUCUCAGGAACCAUAACUGCAGGCAGGCCAGUCAAGUACCCGCACUCUUUUACUAUGAAGCCACGCUGUUGUAACACGUGCAGAAGGUGGCUUGGCACUGUCUUGCUGAAAUAAGCAGGGGCAUCCAUGAAAAAGACAUUGCUUGGAUGGCAGCAUAUGUUGCUCCAAAACCUGUAUGAAACUUACAGCAUUAAUGUUGCCUUCACAGAUGUGUAAGUUACCCAUACCUUGGGCACUAACGCACCCCCAUACCAUCACAGAUGCUGGCUUUUGAACUUUGCGUGGAUAACAGUCCGGAUGGUUCUUUUCCUCUUUGGCCCGGAGGACACGACGUCCACUAUUUCCUAAAACAAUUUGAAAUGUGGACUCGUCAGACCACAGAACACUUUUCCACUUUGCAUCAGUCCAUCUUAGAUGAGCUCAGGCCCAGAGAAGCCGGCGGCGUUUCUGGAUUUUGUUGAUAAAUGGCUUUUGCUUUGCAGAGUGGAGUUUUAACUUGUACGUACAGAUGUAGCGACGAACUGUAUUUACUGACAGUGUUUUUCUGAAGUGUUCCUGAGCCCAUGUGGUGAUAUCCUUUACACAUUGAUGUUGGUUUUUGAUACAGUGCCACCUGAGGGAUCUAAGGUCACAGGCAUUCAAUGUUGGUUUCCGGCUGUGCCGCUUACGUGCCGUGAUUUCUCCAGAUUCUCUGAACCUUUUGAUAAUAUUAUGGACCAUAGAUGUUGAAAUCCCUAAAUUCCUUGCAAUUGUACUUUGAGAAACGUUGUUCUUUAAUUGUUUGACUAUUUGCUCAUGCAGUUGUUCACAAAGUGGUGAACCUCGCCCCAUCCUUGCUUGUGAAUGACUGAGAAUUUUUGGGGAAGCUGUUUUUAUACCCAAUCAUGGCACCCAUCUGUUCCCAAUUAGCCUGCUCACCUGUGGGAUGUUCCAAAUAGGUGUUUGAUCAGCAUUCCUCAAAUUUCUCAGUAUUUUUUGCCACCGUUCCCAACUUCUUUGUCACGUGUUGCUGCCAUCAAAUUCUAAAGUUAAUUAUUAUUUGUAAAAAAUAAAUAAAUAAUAUGAGUUUGAACAUUAAAUAUCUUGUCUUUGUAAAGGAUUUGCAAGUCAUUGUAUUCUGUUUUUAUUUACAUUUAUCACAAUUUCCCAACUUCAAUGGAAUUGGGUUUUGUACAUGUUAAUAAUGUGUCCUGAUUUGGGGUUCAAGUCCAGUGCUUUUGAUGUGAUUACACUGACUGAAGACCUUUACUCAACUUUUUUUCUCCACCUCUCUGAUCCCUUUUCUACUAUCUUUUACUCUUUCUUCCUCCUGUCUCCUCACCUCCUUCAUCCUUCCAUCUCUCUCUCUCCCCAGUCCAGACGACAGCAGGACCCCAGCCCUGGCUCAAACAUGGCCAACGCUGAUGUGGAACACAAGAUGCGCUGAGGAGAAGGACAUAGAGGAGAGCGGAAGAGGAGAAAACCCCUUCAGGGCUGGCUGUUCACUCAUUUUCAAUAUUUUAAAAAUAGUCAACUGAAACUGCAGUUUCACACUAAUUCAGUUUUCCCAGUAAGAACUGAUUUGAUCUUCUUCACACACCAAACAUUGUUGAGAUUUUUAACUGGACGAUAGGAUACACCUUAAGAAACGAUGGAAAUGGAUGAGAUUAAAGCCUGGAAAUGAAAAAUUAACAUAAAACAGCAGACAAUAGACCUGAACAAAAGAUAGCUGAAUAUAUAAAGAUUCAAAAGAAGGGAAAAUAAGGUAUUGAUUUAGCUUUAGUUUGUUCAUGUGAAAAAUCCAAAGCUGAUUUAAAGUCUAUGUUUUAGAGAAAUUAGUGUUUUAAAUGUUUUAAGCAGAGGUCAAGUCAUUUAGAGGCAUCAAUACUUUUUGUCCAGGUCUGAAAGGAUUUGAUAAGUAGGUGAUGUCAAAAACCAAAUUAUAUUUUUUAUCAAAAAGAGACGUUGAAAAUACAGGUAGAGAUGUUGUAAGAGGCUAAAAAGGAAGGGAGGGGAAGGAAUGAGAGGGAUUAUUCUGGCUCAGGGUCACAGUCGGGGCUUAUUGGUCAGGUUUACCAGUAACAAAAGUGAGAUGUUGAAAGAAAAGGUUCAACAUUGUUCAGUGUUGUGCAACACUUCACAUUUGUGAGCAUGUUAACCCUCUCUAUGCCUAGCUGACUUCCUGAAACCUGCUGUUGUCUUAGACCAAAGUUCACUAUGCUGGAAAAGGGGAAGGGGGGAUAAAGGAGGGGGAUUUUAAUCACAGGCUUGAGGAAGAAAAUAGUUCCAGGUAUUUGCUGUAUUCUGAUAUUUGUGAUCUUUAAAAUGCAGCUAUAAUGACAUGCCCUAACCAUAGAAUCACACAUGAUGUAUUAUAAACCUGGAGGUGAGAUAUAUUCACAAAGAAAACUGUUACAUACUUUGUUAUCUUUGUCAUCUUUGUCUCUGGCAGUGCGAUGGGGGUCAGACAUAAACCCCCUCUGUAUCCUGAGGGGUUUUGCACUAUGAGAUACAAUCAGUCUUGUUCCCCACGUGCAUUUUUUUUCUGCAUGAAAGCAAACACAGGCCUACCUAUGUUCACUAUUGUUCCCUCUAUGCAGCCUAUUUAUCAUGAGAGCGCUCCCUGUCAGCGUUUUGAUGAGGGAUAUCUGGGUGAUUCAAACAGACACAAAAUAAAUUCCUUUGAGUCAUUUCUAUUCAAUAAGGUUAUAUUUGAGGUCUAGUGCAGCUUUGUUUGGUCAAUGUGGGCCACCUCAGAGUCAGUGACAGGCAGAAAUGAACUCCAAACUUUCUGCAGACAGUUGUUCAUUCAGUGUUGUGGCUUGUGUUUUAGCAUCGAAACACUUUUACAAUCACAGAGCUGAGUUUAAGGGAUGAUAAACAUACAAUGUUGAAAAUGAGAAAAUUCAACCGAGAAUUGGCUGAAACUCUUCCAAUUCACACAAUAUACAUCAAAAGUCACGUAUAGUUCCUGUAACUCCUGCUGUAGAACCAUCACCUUACAAUCAUCAUUACUAAUUCACUAUCUCAGAUGAGAGACGACAGUUCAUGAUACCAGUCCAUCAUUUGAUCGAUCACCCAGACACUCCUCAUCACUGGACUGUGAAAGCUUCCAUGGAGUCUGAAAACUAUUCCCUUUCCUGUAACAGCACUAGUGAAAUAAAAUAUUGUGUUUUGUUUUCUUAUUGUUUUGUUUGUGUGAAGUCAGGAUGUUUACUUUUUAUAUUCCUUCUCUUCCCUCUGUAUAUGUAUUCAUCCUUCAGCUUUUUUAUGGACUAGUAUUUGCAGCGUUAGGCUAUUAUCUGUAUAGUUUAGAGAAAAAAAAAGACAAAAUGUCUCAAAAAAUUUGGGAGUUAUGAGAACUUUUGUUGCAUAUGUUUUUCAUUGUUUCAUGUGUUCCUUUUAUUAAUGUUAUUCUUAUUAUUGGUUUUGUUUUUGAGAGGAAAUCCACUUCCGGGGUUAAAACAUUGAAUGUGGAUUUACUUAAGUCCUGUUAUUUCGCAAUAUCCAUGUUUAUAUGUUGUGCAACUAGAAGCUCAUUUCAUUUUCCAGUGUGUUUUACCUUUGAUGCACUCAACGGUUUUUAUUGUUAUUUUUAUUAUUAUAACCAAGAAAUACCUUUUGUUUAUUCAUGAGUUAUCCUUUCCCCAGUCUGAUUUAUUGAGAAUUGAACAAGUUUUAUGUGAGCUAAGCUAACUUGUGAUAUUUUGAUGCAUCAUCAGUCGUGUGUGUAACAUUUUACAGGAAGUUUUUGGAGUAAAAACUGUUGAAAUUAAAAUAAAGAUUGAAAACUCAGCAAAGAUUAACUUAAUGGUUUGAAAUGUGACAGAGGAGUUAUGGCAUUUAAAGUCUCAUGUUGCAAAGGAAGUUGGUAAAGCUCAAUUGUGAUGAUUGCUAUUUUCAGGAAAACUAUUUUGGCUAAAUCAUCCAGCCCAGGUCAGAGGAAGUAGAUUUUUUCCAGUGUUUGGAUUCUUGGAGUACUUGAUUUGGAUAAACCCAGAUUAUUAGUGAACUAGUUUUCUCUUUAAUAGUCUUGUUUAUUUCCCACAGAGAUUUUAGCAAGCAUGGAGAAAAGCUUUCAGACUUAAUCAGAGUGUGCACAAAGCUUACUUGGAUCAAGAGUAUGUCUGAGAGUAUCUUGGAUGUUGGUGGCUAAGUUAAAAUGCUGAGGUUGACAUUGCUGUGUUGAAAAGCUAAAAAGAUAAGUUCAGGUGUGUGCAGGAGGGUUCAGGCUCAGGUGGUGUUGGUGAAAGAUGUAAUGCCUUAGACUGCUGUGGCUGUUUGGUUUUCAUGACACUCAUUUAUUCCUCACUUGUAUCCAGUGCAGAAACAUUUUUAAGGACUUCAGUCGUACAAAUCAGGCACUCAUCUUUGUCCCCUGUUGAAUUAUGAGUCUACAAUAACACCAUAACCUAGCUCCACCGCUGUCACACCUUUGUACCUCUACAUUGAUCCCAUCAAGGCAUAAAAGGUGUCCUGAUAUGUGAUUUCACAUUGCAUUAACUCUGACUUCCGCGGUCUACAAUGUGAGCAACAUUUUUGAAGUCAAUUUAUGUGAGAGCUGCCGAAAUGGCAUGAGAGAUGAGAUGUUGGUGUAAAGUAAGUGUAACGUAGCCUAGAAGCCAAGCUCUGUAUUACUAUAUUUGAUUGAUUAACCAGAGAUGAAUGGUAUAAUUUUUCAAAUCAGAUUUUGUCUCAUAAACUUUACAUAUAAUAUGGAAAUUUUAAUUUUCUGCAGCUUAAUCCCAGAUUGAGAAACAAUAAGAACUGUAAAACAAAGUUGUUGUUCUAUGUCUUGGUUGUAUGAGUACGCCCCUAACCCCACCAUCCUCCACAAUCAAAUUCAUACUCCAUCUUUCAGUUUUCUUAAUGCAGGCAUUAAGGCAAAACAAAAAAACCCAUACACUCUUUUUUUACUGUUCUUGAUCUGCUUUUGUUUAUUUAUUUAAACUUUGGUUUCAUUUACAGAUCCAAAAAUGAAACUCUGUAAUAUUACAUACUACAUAUUACAUACAUACUCCCCAGGUUUCUCCUUCCACUGUGUUUGGUCUGUCUCUCCCUCUGUUUUAGGUCUGAGCUUGUAUUUUGGGAGUAAUUUGAAAUUUAAGAUCUCCUGUUCAAAAUGUCGGAUUUUUUCGAAAUAAACAUGUAAAAAAAUAUUGUAU